AUGAUUGACAUGCUGAAGUUUGUUGAGGAAGCUAAGACAAAGAUCCUUGUCAAACUUGACAGUGACAUCAAGGUUACUUCCUCUACCAUCUUUCUUUCAUAAUGUUGAAUACACUACUGUCUGCCACAGGCCUAAGGGAAAUCGAUUGCUCUUAUUAACUUGAAGGUUUCACAAAUUGGGUAACUUGGGAAAUUUUAAUGAGCUUUGACACAAUACAUGAAGUAAAUCCUUGAGAUGGUGUAUACACCCUGUAUGUGCACAUUGGGCAAGCGAUACUACGUGAUGCAAUAUUGGGGGAUUAAUCAAGUAAAGUUCUCCCAACCGAGUGAUAAGGUUGGGAGUGGGGUUGGCGGCAACAUGGAAUCCUUGUGAUGUUUGCUAUGAGUAUCAAUGUUAUGAAAAUACAUGUACAAGUAUGACUAACCACAAGGAAGUGUUCAGUACACUCUUUCCUGUGGUCAUACCUAUUUCCAAUUGCAGUUCUGUUUGCUUGCCAUUUUACAGAUGUUCAGAAAAAAAUUGGCCCCAAAACCAAAUAGCUUAUGGAGCCACUCAACAACUUUAGCAGUGAUGUUGCUUUUGUAGAUUUAAAAUUUCACCCUGUUCAAUGGGUUGCAGUGUCUAUACCGCAACUACAAACCAGGCAAUUUCACUCUUAAAUUAGUUUUUUUGGUAACCAGAGCAAUAGUUAGUUGUUGAUUAUACAGUGUUUCCUGCCAUUUGGGUUGAACACCCGGGAGUCCUGCAUUUUUGGCCAGAUCACUGAGUUUUUUGGUCAAGCUAAGGGAAUUGAAAGACAAAGUUUUAGCCAUUUAAAAAGGAAGUUGUACAUGUUAUUUUUAAUGAAUAAUUUUCUAUGAAGGAUGUAGAAGUUACAGUAAUGGUUUGGGACUAUACUCCAUUAAAUAGUCAUACCUAUAUCCAUUUUUUGGCAGGAGUCAUUCAAUCGACUGUCUUAUCUUUUGGAUGUUUUUACAUUCACACAAGAAGACAUGAGCCUCAACUCUGAAGUCCUUAACUGGCCAAAAAAUAUUGCGCCUAUCUUUGAUCAGAAUGAUGAGGUAUUAAUACAGUUUUGUUUGUUUUCAUAUAUGUAUUUUUUGAAAUUUUUUUGAAACACCAUGUGUAGCAAUACCGACCUCUGAAAGAGGGGGUAAGCUUCUAAAGAAACUGUGAUGUUGCAUCAGUGGGAGUGUAUAACAAGGUAAUUUGGUUUUAUCAACUGGGCUGAUAAUGUAAACCUGCCAUCAUAAAUAGUUUCAAAGCUAAUGUUUCAAGCUUUAGCCCUUCGCUCUGACACAGGGGUAAUGCUUGAAACAUCAGCUUUGAAGCUCUUUACGUUGGCCAUUUUACAUUACCAACUCAGUUGAUAAAACCAAAUUACUUUGACCACAGAAAGGUCUGCCAGCAAAUGUUACCUCUAUGUUUCCCUUUGUCUUGAAAAUUUCACUCAUUGGUAAUUAUGCUACAGUAACUUAAUAAUAUUUGAAUUGAAAUAGCUGUGUGGUUUUGUAGAUUAUGGUUGCUGCUCAGAAGAGUAAUGAAAGUGCUUUGAUGGAGAAAAGGGAGAGGGUAAUGUUGGAGCUUGAUAAAAUCAAGAGGUAUUGUAUUUGUAUAUACCUGGUAAUACUGUAAAAUGUAAAAUAAAGUUGACUUGACGCAAAGAUUCAAAAUGUAGGUAUUUCAAAAAUUUUUCUUAUGGGUGCUCAAGGUCAGCAAUUUUAAAUGCAUCCUGUAAUACUGAGAAAGAUAGCAAAGUUUCGUCAUCAAUUAGGUAAAAAUAGUUAUUUAUUCUCUAAAGCAUUCAUAUUCCUAUUAUUUACAUCAUCAUCAUCAUCAUCAUUAUUAUUAUUAUUAUUACUAUUACUGUUAUGCAUUGACCAUUAAACAGCAACAGGCACCUAUUUAUAGACAGCAUCCACUUACAAAAGUUACAGAUCUUCUCUAAAAUGUUCAUAACAAUUGGCUUAGAGAUUUUUGAGAAAUCUAAAAUCUGAUUUAAAAUCAAUGAUCAGCACCUUAUAAAAUAAAGGCAAAAGGAGAAGAUCUUUUGAGAGAUAUUCUGGCUAUUGUAAUUUCUCAAUUCCUGGUCAAAAACUUUUGUUUCUCAAAAAUAUUUAGGUCAAUUCAGGUGGAAAGUACUUUUCUGUUAAGAAUUUUGUUUUAUUCCAGGCGUGUUGAAGAGUUUAAAGAGUAUGGUGAUAUGGACACGAUGAUGCAGUAUGUAAAAGAGGUCCAGUCAGUUCAGAAGAAACUUAGUGAGUGUGUGGAUGCUAUUGGUUUCAUCAAUGAGGUACUACUACGUAGUUACAUUUGGUUAUGUGCACUCUGGUUUUGAACCUUGCAAUCACAGGAGUUUGUAGCCUGUCAUCAAAGUAAUAAUACAUAGAUUUAGCCAAGCCUAAAAGUGGAGCUCUUGUCAGUUUAUUUUCCAGCCCUUCAUUAUUCAGAAUGAAAGCAGUAGUAAAACUCUUCAGCACUGGCUGUAGAUGAGUUUCUUCCAGGGGAUUUAGGGACCAGUCGGGGGUGUGGGGAGGAGGAGGAGAACAAUUGAUGAGGCCUGGAGCCCAGGAAGGAUGUUCUCACAACUUGCAAGGGGAUCAACACGCAUGCUAGUCAGUGGUAUCUUCAAACAGCUUAGGACCUUUGUUGUUGUUCCUGAUGUUUUGAGCAAAUUUUCGAAGAUAGGGAAUGUUUUCUUCUUGAGAUAAAGUGUAUGAUGUCAGCAUCAGUUGAAAUUAUAUUCUAUUGAGUGUUAAUUAUAAUUUUGGUUUGGAAAAUUAAGCCAAAAUGGAAACAAACGAUGGUAAACUACUUUGCGUUAAGACAUCACUGGUUGAUUGAAGAGUGAGAACAGUGAAUCAGUAAAACAAUAUACCAGAAUUGUAUGGGCUUCUCUGAUAUCUUCUCUUGAAGUUGCCAGGUAUGGCUGCUUGCCCUACCAUUUUUUCCUAACAUUUCAGCCUCCUCUGUUCAGUGUAGAAAAUUAAAGAGAUAAGUAAAUUUCAACUCGUGUUUGAGCCUUUGAAAUUUUAAUGCACACCUCAAAAGCAUAACAAAUAAAUUUAAAGUUUCUAUUUAUUCAGUUUAGGUUAGUGAGAUAAAAUUGAGUCAAACAUUCAUACGACGACAGGUACAAGAAAUUUUCACAACUAAUUUAUAAGGUUAGCCAACCUGGAACAAUCACCUUCAUGUACAAAUUAGACUAGGUUUGUACUUAUAAUGCACAAAAGAACUUCUGUGGUAAGAGGACAGGCUUUCCUUUCUUUAUUCAAAGAAAUACAGAGGUUAUCAUCUUUCCAUAAGGUCAGUGAAAGUGAGAGUGAAUGAAAUGGGUAGUGACCAUGUUACUUGAAUAAAUAUCCAGAGGAGGCUAAAAAGCAAAAAAAGAUAUGGUCUGCACAACUCUCUUAUUUUUAUAACUUAUAAAGCUAGGGCACUUAUAUUCUUGCUUUGUGCAUUAUGUGGAUGCUAAUUAAUUUGAAUUUCAUGCACUAAAUACAAAAAAUGUUCUCUUCAGCUAUGUGCCCUAAACAUCACAGGGGAGGAGGCAGGUCAAAGUAAAAACAUGAAUCAAAAUAGGAGGGCCCCCAUUAAUUUCAGUCCUAAUUAGAGGAGGAUCCUUGCUUUUCCAGAUUCCAACCCUUUACAACUCACAUAUCUUGUGGCCAAUUCCUUAUAUCAGUGUUUAGUUUGGGUAUGAGCAUUGGUAAGAAACAGAAUGCAUUAAUGGGAGCUUGAGCAAGAGUAUUUAAUGCAAUCUAAAUGAUAAUAUUACAUGUUGCAAAGUGGUAACUUACACAGCAAAAUUAUAUAUUAAUCACACAAUUUCAAACAAAAGAGGCCAGGUUAUUAACUCGCCUGGUUCAACUUUUAGGGCUUAACAGACAGAGAAAUAGAUAUGGCAAACAGUUACAAUUUAUACUAAGUUGAAAUUUUGAAAGCUAAAAGAUAUACUUUACAAUCAUCACACCCUAUGCAUCCCAGCAAAGAAAGGGUCAAUUACCACCAUAACAUCUCCCAAAUGUUCAUGCCUACAGGAAAUCAUUAAUUUUUGUCACUAGGUGGUACUAUACUUACAAUAGUUCUACUGACACAAAUGCAUUUUUCUAAAGUUAAUUCAUAGCAUAUGACUGUACAGGUCAAGUGGAAAGGUCUUGCAUGGGGACUGACAUUUCAAUUACCUCAGCAAACUGUAAUCAUCAGAAUUGCAAGCUAAGGUGUAUUUACCAAGUGCUCAAGUUUCUAAAUUAGUCACAUUAUUGUUAUUACAAUGGAGUUCACUCCUUUUGGAGGCUAUCUUCAGCUUGAUUAUCCUGUUACAUGUGAAAACAUCAAAUGUUACUCACAUAUUCAAUUAAUUACCUGAAUCAAAAGUUAUAAUUUUUUGAAUAACCUACUUCCUUGAAUUGUGUUCCAAUAGUAAAUAAUAAAUGGUGUUGAAGAGAAAGAAAGAAAGUUCUUGAAACAUUCUAUGUUAAAUUAAAAUUUGGUAAGAAUGUUAAUUGCAAUGACAACCAAAACAUCUGUGAAGCUAUAAUAACAAUUACCUUUCAUUGUAAACAAACCAUAUUGAAGCAUGGAAUGAAUAAAUUUAAUUUCACUCAGUUUGAAUGUAGAAUCCAAAAUCUAAUUAACUUAGAGGUGAAUAAGAAAAAGCUCAAUGUGUUUUUACUGCUUCUGUCAUUCUUAAUAUGACAAAUAAAUUACACCACUAAUUAACCCUGUAACCCCUAUUAGAGUGACUAGCAUCGAAUUUCUCCCUACAAUAUCAUCCUUGAAUCAUACAUUAAGGUCAUGAGGAUAAAGGAAAUGAUCACUAACUAAAGAUGCUCUUGAUUGUUAAACAAAUUCUUGUUGCUAGCACCUUAGGAUAUGUAUGGAGAACAAACAGUAUGAAGAAUACGCAUAAUAAUGUUAAGGUGCAAGUGUGAUUUUUUGAUGAUGGGUACUUUUUCUCAUGGACAUCUAAGUCUAUCUUUUACCAGCUGACAAUUAUGAGAAGAAUCAAGUCCACACUGGUAAUAUGACACAUGGAAGGCAAAUCCUAUGACUGAUUCAAUUUUAUUUGAUCAAAAACAUGAAGGGCAUUAAAGAAAACUAGCCAGAGCAAUUUAAGUUUCCCUUCUUAAGUAUUCUGUGAUGUUUUUUCUAUCAUAUGGUAAAGUUUACAGUUUCCCUCAUUUCAUUGUCUUCUGUUUAUUUGUUUGUUUGCUUUCCUAACAAUCUUAACUACACUAUAUUGUUGCUAACAAAUGCAAAAAGCUUGUAAAAUUUGUACAGUUGUUAACCCUUUAAUCACUGAGAAUGACUAGCAUCUAAUUUAUCCUUUCAAAAUCACCCCUGAAUCAUUAAGUAAUGAGAAUAAAGAAAAUAAUAAUCAACUGAAGAACCUCUCGAUUGUUAAACAAGUUCUCCUUACCAGCACAUAAGGAAAUGUAUAGAGAACAGUAUGGAGAAUAUGCAUACUGAUGUUGGGAUGUAAAGAAACAUCAUAUAAUCAGUUUUAUGUGUGUAGAGUUUUGCUUGAAUAUGUGAUUGUGUUAAGUGCAAGUGCCUAGUGAGCAUCAUUCUAUGGUCUUCUUCUCUUCCACCUUGGAGGGUGCCUCAUGUACAUGAAAAACUUCAGUGCCUUUAAUAGCUUUUUAGAUGACAAAGAUCAACAAAGAACAAUAGCCACACCAAAAAAAUGUUUUUAAAGACACCUCUUUAUGGCAGGUACACAUAACUAACAUGUUUGAGUGAAGCAUGUUAAGCAUUAAAGUAUGGUUGUCAAUAUGCCUUUCAUUACUUGCAAACAGCUUUUUUAAAAUUGUCCUUGAAAACUCCUGUAUCCUCGCUUUCAAAAAAAGCAUUUCCCAUGAGAAAUUAAACAUUAAAGACAUAAGCUAUACAAGCAACAGGCUUUUCCAUUGUAAGUGUUUCAUAACAUCACAUUCUCACACACUUUUUUUUGUUACAUAUGAAAGCAUAAGAAUAUUUUAAUCAUUACAAUAGCAUGACUUAGACAGAAUUUCUCCUUACACUAUCAAUAUGAUAUAAAGCAGACAAGUAAUGAAAAUAAAGAAAUAUUAAUUAGGGGAUUGUUGGUUGAUCCAAUUCCAAAUUCUUCAAACUAACAUCACAUAAAUUGUAUGGCAGACAGUAAGGAGAAUUACUAAUGAAAUCUUGGGAGUUAAAGGGUUAAGACACGUGUGGUAAUCAUAUGUACCAGGAAGACUUUGAAUAAAUAUAGCAUUAUACUCCAGUAUAGUGUUCUUAUGUAGAGUGAAGUUUCAAACUCAUUGAAAUUAAGUUGACUUCAUGUUUCAGAUUUUAAUAAAAGAAAUGCGUAAUAUCUCUUUACAAUGAUGAAAAGGUAAUGCCAUUUAUGAAUUUUAAAAUAGUAAAUGCCAAAAACUUAGAUGGAAUUUUAAAAAACUACUAAAAUAUGGCAUAUCUGUUCACUGAGAUUUUAAUCAUUAGCAGGUGCACAGAUAUAAAAAGAGGCUUUGUGCAAAAACACCAGGGCGAUAAAAUUAAACAGUCAGGAAAAGCUUAUGACAUUAUCUAGUAUACUGAUGUUCUCACCUAAACUCAGUCUGGAAAGAGAGCUCUGCAACGCUUCUGUUUUAUCUUCCCAGUCACUUCAACUAAAACAUAAAAUUUAAUUAUUUGCAUCCAGGUUAAGGAGGAAAUUGAUGGAAUGGAGAUAUGUUGCAUAAAAACAAACCUCUUGCAUAUUACAUGUCUAUGCUUCUGAGUACAGCUACAAUAGGUAAAUUUAAGCAAUUAUCUACAUAUGUAAACUGGGUGCAAUGUACAGUAAUUUUAAAGUAAUUUUAUUCUAACCUUCCUCCUUGAAGGAUGCCUUAUGUAUCAAUUAUAUCAAGUUCAGUACCUCCAGAGUCAUAAGCUGGGCUAUUGGAGCCACAAAAUAAUAAAAUAAUCAAUGAGGUAUGCCAGGCCAAUUUAUCGAGAAUCAAUCAAGUAUAGUUUCCCAAAAUCAUAUGGAAAGUUUAAAAUGUGCUUCACUAGUGCUACAUAUAUGGAUUUAUCGUUCUUAAUUACUGAUGAAAUUCUGAGAGUGUGACUCAAUUAACUCAAAAGAAGAUAUCCAAGCAGGUUUGUAGGUUACAGAAAUGGUUCAUGAAUUGUAACCUGAUAAUGUGUUUACAAAACUCCUCAAAAUUAUGGUGCCAAUACGAAUUUAUCAGUCAUAGUCACUCACGAAAUUCCGAUAUUGCACCUCAAUGAUAUUCAACAGAAAAUAUCCAGGAAGGUUACAGAAACGGACUCUCAAAAACUCGAAUUCGACAACUGUAAACAACAAUUAUUUAUGCCAACCAUGUACUUACCAGCAUGCUUGUGAGCUCAAAUUGCCAGGACCCUGUUUAAUUACACAAUCACAGCUUGGAGGCUUCUUGCAAAAUGUGAUGAAUAUCAAUUUUAGAGAUUGAUUCCUCAGUUUCCAGCAUUAGGAAAAAAUAAUUGUAUUGCAAGCACGUUCACCAUAACCCAAGCACUAAGUGCACCUCCAGAAAUCAAGGCUCCAUGUUUUGGGAGACAAACCAUUUCAUGAAGUUCGAAUGAAUCAUGUAGAAAGUAUGAAAACAUAGCACUGAAAAGUACCAUGACCAAACGAUGAAAUUCACUCCUCCCACAGUAGGAUUAACGCCAUUUUACCCAUGAGUUUGUUUACACCACAAAUUUGCGCUCGAGAUUUAAUUCUCAGAUGGGUUCUCACAGGACAAUAUUUUCAAAAUAAAAUUACCACAUCAAACUUGAUGUAAACAUGCACACAUCACUGACUCAAUCUCAAUAUAUUUAAAUCUUGGGGAAGGCUAUUACUUUGUUCUUAGGGUAAAACAACAAAUCUUUGACAAAGCGCAGUUUUUUAAAUGAAUAAUGUAAACCACAUGAUAGCUAACUGAAGAGAGAAUGAUAGAGACUUGCUCGUGUCAUUCACUAUCAUUUUAAAAUUUUCUAGGCAAGACAUAAUCAUGACUGUAUGAAACAUUCCAAAAGGUAGGACAGGAAAUAAUUUUAAGAAUACGAACACUUUGAAAUGUUAUUCGAGCAAUGAACUGGCAUGAGGGUUUUAAAGCGAUGAAUGCAAAAGUCAAUGUUUUACUGAAACAUGAUUUGAAUUUUAAACUGAAGCUAGCAUCAAAUGAAGAUUGGGAAGACUGGGCUUUAGCACAAGAGAAGACCCAAAUGAGACAUGACUUACCUUCUCUUCUUUCUCAGAUCCUUUGUGAUUCGCUUCUCUUUGUUGAUGACCCCUUUUCAGUCUGUUUUCUGGAAACCCUUUCUCCACGAACUUGAAUUAUAACAAUUUCCUGCAGUUAACAAAGCUUUAGCUCUGCCGGUAUUGUUGCUUUGCGAGUUGAUUAAAAAUUGCAAAAUACUGAGAAUCACUGUUCAACUACAACCUCACCUACUUUGAUUUCUUGCUCAAAAUGCGCGUUGCAAAUUAUUUAAUUAUGUGGCCUCACAUCUACUAGCCCAUGUGAACCCCAUCUUUAAUGUCUAACUGUGCCCGGCAUAUGCUGCACUAAAAAUCGGCACUUAAGUACGCGCACUUCAUUGCGAUCUGCCGGUGUCUCCUGGCACAAAUGGGGUAUCCUUACACAUGCAAUCACACAUGCGCAUUACUUUCUUCUCUUUCCUUUACGUAAUGGCUAAGAUAGUGCCCGCAAUGCAGUUAGCCGCGCAUGCUACAAGUAGCACCUUGCAUAGACUCCCACACGGUGUCAAGUCCAAAUUUCUUUUGACUUGAUGGGUUACUACUAUUUUGUAUAAUUAUGGGGCUACGCUGUGUGUGCUGUACAUGCUGCGAGCUCUGCUUUUAAUAGCUUCUCUUGAGAAUACCCUCUAAAAGGAGGCAACAAGAAGUCAUUUGGCAAAAAAGCUACAAAACAACAAGGCAGUGAUUUGCAAAAGAAGUCUAUUAAUUGCUUACAAGCUGAUUAGACUAUAUCAUGGAAUUUCAAAUAAACUGUGUUCUUCCUCAUUUGCUAGGCUGUAUCUAAUAGGGGAGUGAGAGAAUGAACAACCAUUACAAUAUCACCUUUGAUAUUGGUUGUUAGGUUUAAUUACUUCUCCAAAACUAAUCCAUCACUACUUAUUUUAAUUAUUAGGAAGAGGAUUUAUUUAAAUGGGAGCAAACAUCUUAUCCUGAUGUAGAAUCCAUUACUAAAGCUAUUGAGCCUUACCAAAAGCUGUUUACAACAACUGUGAAAUGGCAAAGAGCUGAGAAAAAAUGGAUGGAUGGAGCUUUUCUUGAGUUAAAUGCUGAAGCCACAGAAGCAGAGGUAUGGAGGCAGUUAAAGCAGAAACGUUUGCCCUUAUAGCCUUGUCAGCCAUGCACAGAAUGAUUUCCAGAAUCAGCACCACCAGAAAUAAAUUUCAAGAAGUUGGAAAGUUAUUGUGGUUUUGAAAUUUGUAUUUUUCAACUGGUGCAAUAUUGAAUUUUUUUACUCUUUAAAAAAGGUAAGAAAAGAUAGAAAAUAGGAAUGAACCUUUUCCACUUUUCAUGUUUCAUGAAACUAUUCUUAGUGGUCAGCAAACUUUUCUAAAUAGUUAAUCAAACUGUUCUCUUGUUAAUUUUUAUCUUUAAGGUAGAGGAAUAUGGUCGUGAGAUGUACAAAAUUACAAAAGUGUUCCAAGCAAUGAAGAAAGAGGCAGAGAAAGAAAAGAAAGGUAACAGAAGAGUUAAGGAUUCCAAAGAGAAAGAGGAGCCAGGAUCAGAAAUAGCUGCUUUAGUGGUUUCUCAUGCAGUACAGCAACAGAUCAGGGAAUUUAAGGUGAGCUAUUAUGACCUGUAUUUUUUUAAUUAACUAGCAGAAGAAUUCUUGGAAAGGGAGCUAACAAUGAUGUGAUUUCUCUUAAACAGAUAAUUGCAUUGGAGAUACUUUUGCUUGGCUUAACCCUAAUCAAUUGCAGAGCGCCUGUUCAAAAUAAUUAUUUUACCAAAGGUUCAUUCAUUUUUGUUUAUGUUGCAACUGAGGAAGUUUAAAAUUAAUUGCUUUUUACAUCACCUUUAAGAAUUGGAAAAGAUGAGCUUAAGUGAGGAUAACUGUCCUACCACAACAACCCUUGCUGCUAAAAAUUACUCUUCAUGCCAUGCCCAUGUGUAUUUUUUUACUGUUAUAUACUUCUAAAGGAAAUAUCUUGUAAACAGUUAAAUCCUUUUCAUUUAAUGAUCACUAAUCGUUUUUAUUUAGGAUCACAUUCCUGUUAUAAGUGUUAUGUGUAACCCUGGAAUUCGUUCUCGGCACUGGAAGGCCAUGUCAGACAUCAUUGGAUUUGACAUCACUCCAGACUCUGGAAGCACAUUACGCAAGGUCCUCAAGUUCAAUUUAAGGCCAUUCAUGGAUGAGUUUGAGGGCAUUAGUGUAGGGGCUAGCAAGGUAAGACAAAAUACUAUAAGGUAAACAGAAUUUUUAGCUACUUUGAUUCUACCACUGUAAUGGUACUUUCUUACUUAGGCUUUGGUUAAUUUUAAUGUUAAAAGUGAGAAUUGGUUUAUAAUUAGCAGUAGAUUAUUUAAAAAGCUGCUUAAACAAAGACACAGAUGUUGCAUCAUGUUUGUGUUGACAUGCAAGAUGUACACAUUAGCACAUCUGCCAUUUUUUGAUGUGCUUAGCAUGCCAUAUUAUGAUAUAUGUGUCAUGAGUUUACAUUAACUCCAUGUUCUCUUGUGGAAGGUCCCAAUGUGGUUAUAAAAUCCUGGAAAUUAGAUUGGCUGAAACAGAAUCCAAAGUUAAGCUUGUGAUUUGAGGAAUGUGGAAUUAGGAGAACUAAGAAAGAUUAGGGGGAAUACAAAUAAAUGAUAUUGAUAUAUUCAUAGUUAUUAAUAAAUUUGUAAUGCAAAUGAAGAUUGAUAAUUGGCUCAUUUAAUUUCUUUUACAUAGCUGUUGCAGUCAACUUAAAAAAAAGUAGAUGUAUGGAGUUAUCAGAUCAUAGCAUUUUCACAGUAAAGGCCUACACUACAGAGAGAUAAUCAUUAGUUGGGCCACAAUCUCAAAAGUGUUAAAAAAGUAAGAAUUCAAGUGUUACGAGGGUUUGGUCAUACAGCUUAUCUCUGUGCAUUUUAGGAAUUUUCAUUGGAGAAAGCCAUGCAGAAGAUGGUAGAUGAAUGGGACAGUGUUAUGUUUAAUACCACUGAAUAUCGAGACACUGGUGUGUCUAUCCUGGCUGCUGUUGAUGAAAUACAGACCACUCUUGAUGAUCAAAUUGUCAAGACCCAGACCAUGAGAGGAUCUCCCUUCAUUAAACCAUUUGAGGCAGAAAUAAAGGUCUGUCUAUGAUAUGUCAAUUAAUGACAUUCUUUUACCUUCAUGGUUCUGUCCUGUAAUUGAUUUGCUUGAUAGAAACAUAGCAUUGAUUUACAUAGAAUACUUUCAAAUCACAUAAAUUUGUUAUAUUCGAUAUGUUAUAUUAUACUCUGAUUUAAUAGCAGAAAAAAUUGUACUUUUCAUCCCAAAUCAAUUGACAACUUAAAAUGCUCAUUAAAAUAACUUUGUUCAAAAUUUUUAAUUGAUCUGUACUGUAAUCACAUGUCUUACAUUGUUUGGUUUGCAGUCAUGGGAAGAACGCCUGUUGAAGAUGCAGGAAAUAAUUGAUGAGUGGCUUAAAGUUCAAGCACAGUGGCUUUACUUGGAGCCUAUCUUCAGUUCCGAGGAUAUAAUGCAGCAGAUGCCAGAGGAAGGACGCAAGUUUAAGACUGUUGACAGGAACUGGAGAGACAUUAUGAAUUAUGUGUGCAAAGAUCCUAAGGUAGACAACAUGUGAUGUCUAGUUCAGUUAAGUUACAUUAUAUUUUGGGUUUCAGGUUGGAUAUACAUUUAAAUGUAUUUUUUCUUGUCUUAUUAACUUUAAGUGAUAUGUGUCUGCAUAAGUAUUUUAGAGCAGUUUUACAUUUGUGUUAGUGAAUUCAGUGCAUGUAUAAGUAACCAAAUGUUAUUAAUAUUGCACUAUUAUGAUGUGUAGGUGCUUUCAGCUACAUCAAUGCCAAGUAUGUAUGAAAGAUUAAAAGACAGCAAUGACUUGCUUGACCAGAUCAACAAAGGACUAAAUGCCUAUUUAGAAAAGAAGAGAAUUUUCUUCUCCAGGUUAGUCAGGCUCAACAUCCAAUGCACAAUAUUACAGUUUUGUUGUUAAAAUAUAAAGUUAUAUAUUAUUUUUGAACCUUCACUAAUGCAUAACAGUUUGAUUAGAAUCCUGCACUCACAGUAAAUGCCUUUAUAGUUAGAAAUGUUAAGAAACUUACAAAGCCAGAUUCUUAUCACCAAAAACUGUGCUAGAAAGAUUUUUUUGUUACAAGUGAUUGUUGAAAGUUCUCAGAGAUUGCAUUGGUUUUCUUGAGUAUCUUCUGUGAUGGUCUAUAAAACCAACUUUUUAUUAGAAAAGCAGUGUAUACUGGCUAAUGAUACACAAUAAUUGAAAAUUGCAAUAUUUAUGAUCAAAGCUCAUCCUUUUUCUGUUACUAAAUAAGUGCUGUAUGAAUGCUGAAACUCUGUGUCUUUUUUAUUUGGAACAUUAAUUCCUCACUUAUAGUAUUUCUUUGUAGCAAUUGAUAUCUAAUAAUUGUUAACCUGCUCUACACAUAUAUCAAAUAGAAAAUGUUUGUUAGAUAGCACAACUUAUUUGGUCAAAAUUUUUUUUUCAUUUUUAAAAGGUUGUACUCUGAUUUUUGUCACAGAUUUUUCUUUUUGUCAAAUGAUGAGAUGCUUGAGAUUUUGUCAGAAACAAAGGAUCCUUACAGAGUUCAGCCACAUCUAAAGAAAUGCUUUGAAGGGAUUGCAAAGUUAGAGUUUACUUCUGCCUUGGAUAUUACACACAUGUACAGCAGUGAAGGAGAAAAGGUACAAUGUACUUUUUUUCUGAAAAGUUAUGCUACAUGCACAAGACAUUUUUUGCAUGUGGGAAAUUUUCCUUGCCUAUUUGGUUCAUCGUGGUAUACAUAUCUCUAUACAAUCCAAUUAAUCAUUGUUGCAUUUUUACAGCUAGUAAAGAUUGUUUUGCUCCCUAUACUUACAGUGUUUUCCAUCAGGUUCCUCUCAGUGAUACGAUAUCCACAUCAGAAGCACGAGGUGCAGUGGAAAAAUGGUUGCUUCAGGUUCAGGAUAUCAUGCUUAUCAGCAUCCAUGACAUCAUUGAACGAGCUGUCCAGGUAUAUUUUUCAAUUUUUUCUUAUUUUUCUAUUUUGUGUCUAAGUUGAAUCUUGGUUUGGCUUGGUGUUCUUUUAUUAUUCACUUGCAACCAUAAAUCUUUGUUUUAACAUUCCAAAAAUUCUAAUUAUUUUAAGGCAUAUGCAACAGAUGACAGGAAAGUGUGGGUGUUGAAUUGGCCUGGACAGGUGAGAUGAAAACAAUACUUUCAUUGUCAUAUUUAUCUGGUUUUUUUUAUUCUUGACUCUGACUUUCUAAUCCAGGAUUUAAAUUUAUGGGAAGUCAUCUAUUUUUCCCUCAAGGUCAAUAUUGUUAUGGUCAUUGCGAUGCAUGAAAAGAAGCUCUUCAUGCUGAGAGCAUCUUUCCAUCCAUAAUACAUUGUUUAAAUGGGUAUUAAUGAACUUUAACAGAAACCUGAUGAACCAUUAAUUCAAUGAAGGAAACGAGCGCUGUCUUUUUUCAUACCGAAUGCAAUUUUCCCACUAGGAUUUUGUCUAAGUUACACUUAUUGAUAUUUUUCAGCACAAACCUAACAUACCAAAGCUCUUAAUUUUUGCAAAGAAAUUAUAAAUUUAUGUCAUAUAUUUGAACAAUGUUUUUUAUUUAGACAGCUUAUUUGUCAUAAAUAUCAGAUGAAAUGAAUAAGGUCUAAGAUAAAAUGGCAUGGUUUUUAGAAUUGCAUGUAAUAAGAGUCAUUCAAAAGAGUUUGUUCCGGUGUUCAAUAGAAAUAAUCGAUUAUUGUAUUUUAAUUUUAUAAAUUGUUCACAAUCUAUCUGUUUUAGUACUAAACUCUUUAAUCUUUCUGUCUGAUUUUUUAUUGUAGAUUGUUAUCUGUGUGAGUCAGAUAUAUUGGACUCAAGAGGUGCAUGAAGCUAUUCGCUCUGGACCUCAUGGACUGAAAGAAUACCAUGAGAAGCUCACCCAACAAGUAAUGCACCUAUAUAGUUAUGAGUGACAUCAUUUGAACACAAAUGCGACCAAUUUUUAUUUACUAUACGCUAACACUCUCAUUCAGGGAAUUAAAGGCAUGGCAGAGUUAACCAACAAUGAAAGUAACAUACCUCCAUGAUAUACAAUACCAUUUAAAAUUCAAAUAGAAAGACAGAUAUGAAUAACAGUGCAAAUACAAAUGCAAAUAGAGAAAGAAGUAGAAAUACAAAGAUAAAUGUAAAUACAAAUGCAUAUUCAUACACAAAUCCAAAUCCAAAUGCAAAUAUAACAGACAAUGCAAAAAUAGAGACAAAUAACUUUACAAAUGCAAUAGAAAUACCAGUACAAAUACAAAAACAAAGACAAAUGCAAAUAUAAAUACCAAUAGUAAUACAAAAUUCAAAUACAAAUACAAAAUUCGAUUUAAAAUACAAAUGCAAAUUCAAGUAAAAAACACAAAUACUAAAUUCAAAUAGAAACACAAAUACAGAUACAAAAUUAACAUUCAAGUGCAAACGCAAACACAAAUACAAAAUGCAAAUACAAUUAACAAAUGCAAAUGCAAAAACAAGUAAAAAGAGAAAUACCAGUACAAUACAAAUACCCAUUCAAAUGUGAAGACAAAUAGAACAACAAAGAAAAAAGAAAAAUGCAAAUACAAAGACUAAUACUGGUGCAACAGAAAUACAAGUACAAUACAGAUAAAAAUACCAGUACAGCUACAAAUACAAGAAAAAGACAAAUGCGAAAACAUACACAAUGAUGUAAAGACUGAUAAAGAGAAAUACAAGUUCAGACACAAGUACAAAUACAAAAACCAGAUAAAAAUACAAAAACAAAUACAAGUAGGGGUACAAGUACAAAUACUAGUACAAAUACAAAUGCAAAGACUAAUACAAGUACAAAAAGAUACAAAUACAAAAACAUAAACAAAAAACAAAUGUAAAUACAAAACAAAUACGAAAACAAAUACUAAAACAUAUGGAAAGACAGAAAGAAAAGAAAAUAGAGCAACCAAUACAAAAGCAAAACCAAAAGCAAAUACAAAUACAAAAACAAAUACAAGUACAAACACAUGUACAUAUACAAAUACAAUUAAAAAUACUUAUGGAAAAACAAAUACAAGUAAAAAAACAGAAACAAAAAUCCAAAAAAGAAAACAAAUGCAAAAACAAAGCAAAUACAAAAACACCCAAAAAUACAAAAACAAAUACUUAUGCAAAUACAGAAACAAAUAAAAGUACGAAUGCAAGUACAAUUACAAAAACCAGAUAAAAAUACAAAACCAAACAAAAACAAAUGCAAAGACUGAAAGGAAAAAAAAAUACAGAAACAUAUUCAAAAGCAAAUCCAAAUAUUAACACAAUUACAAGUACAAAUACAAGUACAUACACAAAUACAAUCACAAAUACAAAUGGAAAAAAAAAUAAGUAUAAAAAAAGAAACAGAAAUACAAAAAAAGUACAAAAAUACAAAGUAAAUACAACACCCCCAAAAAAGAAUACAAAUGCCAAUACAUAAACAAAUAAAAGUAUGAGCUAGUACAAGUACAAAUACAAGUGCAAAUAGAAGUAGAAAUGCAAAUGCAAAAACUAAUACAAAUAGAAGUACUAAAAUACAAAUACUCAAACAGAAACAAACACAAAACAAAAAAAUACAAAUACGAAAGGAAAUGUGAAAACAAAUACAAAUCAAAAGCAAAUGCAAAUCUGAAUACAGAAACAAAGAUAAGAACAAGUACAAGGACACAUUACAAAUACAAAUGGAAGAACAAAUAUUAGUAUAAAAAACAAAAACAGAAACAAACAGAAAUACAAGAAAAUACUAAUGCAGAUACAAAGCAAAUACAAAAACAAAUACAAAUGCUAAUACAGAAACAUAGAAGUAUGAAAACUAGUGCAAAUACAAGUACAAAUGCAAAUAAAAAUACAAGGAAAAAAUUCAAAUACAAAAACAAAAAUAAGCAUGAAAACAAAUACAAAAAUAAAUGCAAAUACUUUAACAAAAGCAAAUACAAAAACAAAUAUGAAAUCUAAAUCAAAUCCAAAAACAAACACAAGUACAAAUACAAGUACAGAUGCAAAUACAAUGCAAAAACAGACACAAAUACAAAUUGCAACGAGAUUUUUGUACUAACUGGACAUUUGCAGGGAACACAAGGAUAACAGGGAAAAUAGCUUGUAGAGACCACUUGACAGUGGGAACAGAGAAACUAAGAAAUGGAUAGAAUAGACUGUAGGCAAUUAAAAGAGGAAACUUAAGUCUAAAUUCACAGCUCUGAUAUUAAAAACCUCCCUAUUGCAGUAGAACUACCAAGGAAAUUAAAGUGAGAAGUAGUAAUUAUUUUUGCCUUUUUAUGUAAGGUUGAUGCUAAGUUUGGAAAAGUGGUAAUGUGAGAAAAUUAUCCCAUGAAAGGAAAGCAAACUUACAAGCACAAACUCAGCUGCCAACUUCCAUGAGAAGCAAUUUUCCAGAAAGAUCAUUAUAACUUAAAUUCACAUGCAAUUUCAACAGUAAUGGUCAUCAAAGCAUUGACAUACAGGUGUACAACUGUGGCUUUUCUAAAUUUGUUUUGAAAUACUAGAGUAAUAGAACUUGAAUAAAUUAGAAAUGGUUAAACAUGAAAAGUUUAUGCAUAAAUAUGCUCUAAAACCCACGUAAAAACCCUAUCUAUAAUAUUUUAUAUUAAAUGACCACAAUACAAUAUUUUGGCUAAACAUUUAACAAUAAGUAAGUAAGAACAAUUUGAAUAGAACCAAUUCACUCAUCAUUCCUUAUAGCUCAACAGGUCAAGUCAAAGAAUGAACAAAACAAAAGAAUGUGAUCAAACUCAUAAAAAAUAAAACUUGAACUGCGCAACCCUAAAAAAUAAUAAAAAUCCAUCUGAAACACAAAACACUUAAAUUGCCCCCUAAAAAAAUACAAAUACAAAAACAAGAUCAUAAAAAUAAAUACAAAAAUAAAUACAAAAAUAAAUACAAAAACAAACACUAAAAAUAAAUGGAAAUUCGGAUACAAAAGCAAAUAGAAAAACAGAUACAGAUUCAAAUACAACAAUGAAAGCAAAUGCAACUACGAAACAAAUACAAAUGCAAAUCUAAAGGCAAAGGUAAGUACAAAGGUAAAGUGACCAAAAAACAGAUGGACAAAUACCAGUUCAAAUAUACUUAAGAGUACAAGUACUAAUACUAGUACAAAUACAAAUACAGAAACAAAUGAGACAACGAAUAUGAAAACAAAUACAAAUACAAAUACAACUACAAAUACAACUACAAAUACAACAACUAAUUUGGUACUUGAAAAGCUAAUACUCUUCUGAUCGGCUGGAAACAAGUGUGUUCUCAUGUAAAGCUAGUGCAAAGUUGUAAUAUGAGUACAAAUUACAAAGUGCAUCCAUGCUUUCAAAAUUUCAUCUGCCUUGACUUUUUGUGAUGUUUUUUCAUUUACAUCAGUAACAAAUGAUAUUAUAACAUAGCUAGUAAAUUUAUCUAAUCAAAUUCAACUGCGUGAGUGUGCUUCAUAUUCCUAUUGUGCACACUCAUGACAUCAGCAAACAAAUCCCUCUAGAAAAAAUUUCCAACGGGUUGAAAAUGUUAUAAAACAAUUGGUUCAUACAUUAGCUGUGCAUUCACCGAGAUAUGAAGCACUUGGGAAGUUUGGAGAGCACUCAAGAAGCUAGAGUUGCUCAAGGCAUAGCCUUGAGCAACUCUUACGCAUCUUUCGUGCUCUCAAAACUUCUUGCCUGCUUCAUAUCUCAAUGAACGUACACUGACAUAUGAACCAAUUGUUAAACAUGGUUUCUUUUGAAAUUUGGUGUAAUGAGCACUGUACAUUUUUCAGACUACAUAUCAAUAACUGAAAAAUUAUUAAUAUGAAGUCCUUUGAGUGGCAGUGCCCAUUUUAUCUAAGAUAUCCCAAAAGAGAUGUCCCAUGGUAUUUACUAUUUCAAAAAGAAUUUCUGUAGCUACAACUUGCACAAGUUACUACAGGACAUUUGAACUCUGGGCCAUUUUCACCAUGGUUUCUUUUGACUACGUGAGGCAGAUUUAUCACGUGGUUGCUUUCCUAUUUUAAUAUGAUGAUCCUUUUGCUUUUCACUCUCAUUUUGACCUAUCUCCAAUUAACGAAACAAGAUUAAUGAUAAAGGUAAAAGUCUACAAAGUAACAAUAUUUCAAAAUUGAUAUCAGCAAUGAUAGACUACCUAUGGUGAAAGGAAAGAAUGUACUGAUUAGAAUUAGUAACUUUUCUUCUUGGAAUUGCAUUUCAUGAUGUUGUUUAUAGUUUUUAGCUUCAUACAAUCUGAGAAUGGCAAUUUACUUAAGCAUAGCAGUUUCUUAAGUUGAUCACUUUAAAUUUAUUUAGCUUUCAGACAUUGUGGUCCUUGUUCGUGGUAAGCUGUCAAAGCAGAACAGGACCACCCUCGGAGCUCUUGUGGUAAUUGAUGUUCAUGCAAGAGAUGUGGUACAUGAUAUGGUAGAGAAAGGUAUAUUUGUUUAUGAUUUUUCCUAAGUCAUUUGCUAAUCCCAGAAUUAGUAUUUAUUAUGGUAAUACAUGUAUAACAAGUGUAUAUCCAUGCGAGAAGGUUGUAAACUAUUCCUAUGUUGAUGUUGUUUGGUAAUGAACAAAAGCAAGACCCCAGAGUUUAAACAUAUUUGAUAGAACAUCAAAAAAGACAAAAAACCUCUCAUGGAUAUUGUGGUUGUAGGUAUUGUUUGGCCAAUGAAAUGUCCUACAAACAUUAUCCAUCAAUCAUUGGUAUUAAGUUAAUCCUGGCAAAUGAAAAUUUGGGUAAAGUAGUAGACAUGUCUGCUGAUGAACAUUGUGAAUCAAACACCAACUAUGGUGUACAGUUUAGUGUUUCAGUAGCCUGACCCUGGUUGAUUAUUACACAGUUAUGAGCUUCCAGAAGACUCAACUGCAUUACUUUUCCACGUGUGUAUUGAAUAUGAGGUUAGCAAUUGUCAACAAGACUUGCGUUUCUCUUCAUGAAAUUUUCAUAUCUGGCAGGUGUCUCUCAGGAAAAUGACUUUCAGUGGUUGUGCCAGAUGCGUUAUUACUGGGAACAGGAUAAUUGUCUGGUGAGAAUCAUCAAUGCAACUGUGCGCUAUGGAUAUGAGUACCUGGGCAACUCUGGCAGGUAAAAACAAUGUUGUCUGCUAUUCAAAUAUUCUUAGGUACAUGUCGUAGUUUGCUGUACCCUACAUGAAGAAAAUGAUUAUAGUCAUGGAUUUCUUUUCCUAGGCUUGUUAUUACACCACUGACAGACCGUUGUUACCGUACACUUGUCAGUGCUUUUCACCUGAACCUUGGAGGAGCACCAGAAGGUCCAGCUGGUACUGGCAAGACAGAGACCACCAAGGUUUAACUGAAGUAUUAAAUUCUGGUUUACCAUCAAUUGUACUGUGUCUGAUCCUCAUGCUAACUAAUAAAUUUCUCUAUAUCCAUUUGUUUUUUCUCUUGUAGGACUUAGCAAAGGCCCUUGCAAUACAGUGUGUGGUGUUCAACUGCUCUGAUGGUUUGGACUACUUACAAAUGGGCAAAGUAUGUUAAAGAUAUCUUAAUGUCUAAACUUUCAUAGUUCUUCUAUAUGUUGACAUUUUUUUACUUUUUGAAAGUUUUUUAAAGGGUUGGCAUCCUGUGGUGCAUGGGCGUGUUUUGACGAAUUUAAUCGCAUUGAGUUGGAAGUUCUGUCUGUGGUAGCUCAACAGGUAUUGAUGUUAUUAUCAGUUAUUUUUAUGUAAAGAAACUUACUCAUAGGGCUGUUGAAGCUUUUUGUGGUUUGUCCUUACCCCUCAAAUUAAAAAAUGUUACAAGUUCUCAGACCACCACUACAUCAGUUCUAUUUACUCAUUAUGUCUGAAUAAGUAACAAUGUAAGUAUUAAAAUACAUUUGCUUUUUCAGGUUCCAUUGUAGUAAUCGUUUGUUACUUCUUUGCAUUGACAUGAAACCUCUCAACUUCUCCACAUACAGUGGUUUCAAAAUUUUCCUUUGUUGUAGUUUUUUUUAAUAUGUAAUCUCAGAAGUUUUUUUUUCUUCUAGAUUUUGUGCAUCCAGCGUGGUAUAGCUGCUCACCAGGACAAGUUUGUGUUUGAAGGAACAGAACUGAACCUUAACUCAAACUGUUUUGUGGCAAUCACCAUGAAUCCUGGUUAUGCAGGGAGAUCAGAACUGCCUGACAAUCUCAAGGUAUAAUGCAACGUAUGCAUGGUCUCUUGAGGUUUGUGUAAUUAGUUCAUAGUUUGGAAGGAAACACUCCAUUGGUUUAUGUACAAUUUAGUACAUAGUACUUGACAUUUCAUGUUGCACAUUUCUUAGUAGAGUAAGCACAUAUCACCAUGUUUAUGUUAAAUUGUUUGGAGAGAGAAUUUGUGAUUAUGUGCUCACUAUUUAUAUUUGUUUUGUUUUCUUAAUGACCAAUAUUUCUACUAUGGUCAUCAUUAUUUUUAUGAUUAUAGGUUGCCAAAGGCUACUUUGAAAGAAGUUGAUGUUGAAGACUAAUCUCUCUUCAUUUGACAAUUUACCAUCUUUCAUUUAUGUAUACACUUCAUUUUUCCACACAUUCUUGACCGUGAAAACAAAUAAAAACAUUUCAAACUCUAAAGUAGUAUGUAGAUACAGUGUAGUUAAUUCCUUGACCAAAAGAUCAAGAAAGGCCCCCAAAAUGCAGCUAAGCUCAGCUCUCAUAUUAACAAAUGAUGCAAGAGUUGGAAUUGUUGGUCAUGUUUUAAACUAAAAUGGUGUCAUUUUAGGUGCUGUUUCGUACUGUAGCCAUGAUGGUACCAGACUAUGCAUUGAUUGGGGAAAUCAUGUUGUACUCCUAUGGAUUUGUAGAUGCUCGCAAUCUGUCGGUUAAAAUAGUUACUACCUACAAACUGUGCUCAGAGCAGGUUAGUGUAAUAUAUAUAUAUAUAUAUAUAUAUAUAUAUAAAGAUAUAGAUAACAUCUGCUCAGUUGAUUACAACAUUAUUCGUUUCCAGUGACAACAGUUCUUUACAAGACUAUAUUCACAAUGACACUCACAUUGAAUGUUUCUCCUAGCUUUUUAUUAGAGGAAGACAUUCCAUAACACUGUACAAAGUGUUUGCAUUUGAAAGGAAAAACGAAUUUAUUUAUCUGUUUAUCAAUAGCUCUCUUCCCAGUUCCACUAUGACUAUGGUAUGCGAGCUGUGAAGGCUGUCUUGGCAGCAGCUGGCAACCUGAAACUCAAGUAUCCAUCAGAUGAUGAAAAUGUCCUGUUACUGCGUUCGAUAAUGGAUGUCAAUCUACCCAAGUUUCUCUCUCAUGACAUUCCAUUAUUUGAAGGGAUCAUUUCUGACCUUUUUCCUGGGGUAUCUCUCCCUAAAGCUGAUUAUGGCACCUUCCUUGACACUGCAAAAGAGGUUAGUCUCUCUGUUGAAAUAUCAUGUUGCAAGAAAGAUGUAAUCAUUUGUCUUCCUUCAUUGCUUAGUUUUGUUUGUUUGUUUGUUUGUUUUUUCGGGAGGGUGGUCUAUACAAUUAAAUUAUUACCUUACCAAAAUUGUCAUUUGUUUCUGAAUAUCUUUCCUCUUUAUUUUUUAGAUAUGUGACAAGAAAAAUCUUCAAAUGGUGAAUUUCUUCAGUGAAAAGAUUAUCCAAACUUAUGAAAUGAUGAUUGUUCGUCAUGGGUAAGAAGUGAAUUCUCUAGAUCAAUUGUUCUAUUAUUAAUCUUGAUUAUAUAAACCCAUGUAAAAUAGCAUAUAAAUUUAUAGGUACCCUGUAAAAAUAUUUAUUUUUAUCUCAUAGUUUCAUGAUGGUGGGGGAUCCAUUUUCUGGGAAGACACAAGUAUUACAAGUACUGGCUGAGACAUUAAAUGUACUCACAGAUAGAGGUUAUGAUGAUGAAAAUGUUAACAAGGUAAGCUCUCAAUUAGAAAGAUAUAAAGUUGUCACCUAUAUAAUGGAAUAUAUCUAGUUGAGUCUUAAUGCAAUAAAUAAAGCAUUUCUGAUACAAACUGAAUGAAUUGAGGUAUCUUUUUCUUCAUGUCUAGCCUUUGCUGAAAUUGUAAAAGAGCUAACUGGAUUUUCUUCAAUCAUGAACAUACUUCUUUAUUGUUUCAGAAUAGCAUAUACUGUAACCUUGAUAUUAGAGUCUUUCUCUUUCAACAUUGCAGAGUGUAAAGGUGUACACAUAUCUACCAAAUUGUAUGGUUGAUAUACAAUUGUACUAGAUUGAUCAGAGAUUAUGUGCAGAUAUACUCUUUUUUGUGAUGGUGAUGUUCAGUAGUGAUGCAAAUGAGACCUAACUGGUUAAGUUAAUUGCUUUUACAUUGUCUCUAGAUUCACUUGCCCAAUGUACAUGUAUUAGGUUACCUAUACUGAUGACACAAUACCUGUUUACUCAUUAGGUCUGGUUUCGUGUAAUAAACCCUAAAGCUAUCACUAUGGGACAAUUAUUUGGUCAGUUUGACCCAGUUUCACAUGAGGUGAGUAGUGUUGUUUCUGUUGUCUCCAACAAAAAUAGUCCAUUUUACAGUUGCGCGCUUAGUUGCCAAGCCUUUGAACAGGAGUGAGGCUAAGGGUGACCUUGUUAUGAUACAAACCUUGUGGCUUUUCAAAUGCAAAUGACUUUGUUAUCAUGCUAAUUGGAUACUGGUCUCUAUCACAACAAGGUCACCUUGUACACACAACUGUAAAAUGGCCUAUUAAACUAACUGGUGUGUAAAAUUUUGUUGUAAAUUUAUUACACAUACUAUUAAGUGUUAUUUUUGGAAAAGAAGCUAUCCCUUUUAGAUUAAUGGCCUAAGAGGUUCAUUUAGAAUCAGACUGAGUUACAGAAGGCAAUUAAAAAUGGAUGAGUUAACUGUAGCUGCAUGUUCUGUGAUGCAAAAGUUAUUCAGCAGCAAGUCCUGUAAAAUGACCUAAACCACUUUAUUUUGUUUUUGUUUUUUGCUAGAGUUGUUUUCCCACUUAGAAUUGUUAAUCGAUUUUUUUGUUUUACUUCUUUCAUAGUGGACAGAUGGUAUUGUUGCAAACACUUUCCGUGAAUAUGCAGCAGAUCAAACUGAUGUAAAGAAAUGGGUUAUUUUUGAUGGACCCAUUGACACCUUAUGGAUUGAGAGCAUGAACACUGUUCUAGAUGACAACAAGAAGGUUUGUUUUUAAAUUUCCCUCUACACUACCUACAUGCAUACUUAACAGAAGUGAAUUGAAGUGAUCAUAGUUUUAAAGACAGAAGCAACUACAUUUUAUUUAACCAUAAGGAUAUAUUCAAUUUAUUCACAAUAUAGUGGACUCUCCUUGGUUCAUGCUUUUUAUUUCUUUUUCCCAAGCUGUGUUUGAUGAGUGGAGAGAUAAUACAGUUGUCAAAUGUCAUGAGCUUGAUUUUUGAAUGCAGGGAUUUAUCACAGGCCUCUGUAAGUACUAGUAGAAAUAAAUAAGCUGGUGAAUUGCCCUAAGCAUGAACAGUGAUCCCUGUUUGGAAAUCCUACCAUGGCUUUGACAUGCCAAGAAACAUAUUUUCUGUUUUUUUUAGUUUGGACAUCAGAUUCUCAUACCUUACCACCUCAGCCAUACUGAAUAUUUGUGCUUUAAGUUUUGGAAAGAGGUCUUUAUUGUUCUAUUAGUCUUGAGCUUGGAAAUUUGUCUGGAUAGUUUACUUGCACUGUCAAGGUGCAAGACUGCAAAAACCUUUGGGGAUGUUAUUUUAAUGUUUAUUAUUAUUAUUAUUAUUAUUAUUAUUAUUAUUGUUAUUAUUAUUAUUAUUAUUGAUGCUAUUAUAACUACAGUAUACUAUGCAAUUCCAGUUCUAUUGUUACGGGGACAUAUUUACUGAUAAUCAGCCCUCCAAUCAGAGCUAUUUGAUAUAAAGUGUUUGAAAAAUUCAAGAGUUCUGUGAUUAUGAUACAUGUUAUUUCAUUAAAGAGUGAACAAAGAGUUGGCCUUAAAUGAGAGAUAAAAUUUCUAGGUGUGCUAUUGUUUAAACUUGGCAUAGAUUUUAUAAUAGACUGUAAUGCUUCCAUCUGUGUAGCCUGCCACUGUAAGCCGCUGUGGUAUGAUCUACCUGGAGCCAGCCUCUUUAGGCUGGGAACCUUUGCUACAAUCCUGGUGUAACACAUUGCCUGAGGUCCUCAACAAUGAAAACAGAAAACUUAUUUUAGCUCUCUUCCAAUGGGCUUUGCCAGCUUGCAUCAGUUUUGUUCGCAAGAAUUGCAAGGUGAGUUUCACACGUCUUUUCAGAAGUAUUUUGUAUUUGUAGUCCAAUUUUUAACCUUAAUUGGCUUCAAAAUUUCCAGGGAAAUUACUUGUAUGUUACUUUAUAUCUUACAUGAAAAAAUUAAAUUGAGCUAUUUCUGAGAAUUGUAGUCCAUGAAAAAAGGUAACUGCAAUAUAUGUUAUAUUAUGUUAUUUAUUCAUACAUACAUACAUGUAUAGAUGUACUGUAUUUAACCUUUGCUGUAGAGAAUGGUAGUACUUAAAAGAGCUUGAAAUCAUGCAAUCAAAUUAGUAAAACAUGAUGAGUUAAUUUGUUGUUAGAUUAACCUUGAGGCUAAUUUUAAGGAAAGAUAUUGGUAGUUGUGAAAGAGAAGUGGAAUUUUUCCUAGGUGUGAUGAAAACUUUGCAAUUUUUCCCUUGUACAAAAUUCUUAAAACUUAUCAACUAUCGCAACUUAUUUACAACUUAUGUUUUCAAACUUUCAAUACUCUUAACCCUACAAACUUUGCCUUCCUGUUCUCCCUCUUCUAGCUUAAAUAUUAACAGAAUUAGAGAAAUUUGAGUUAUCCUUUUGAGAGUUUGCACUGUAUAAUGUAUAGGAACCUGUUUCCAUGCAAGACAGUAACCUAGCUCGCUCUCUGAUGAACCUGGUGGAGAUUCUAAUGAAGGAUAUCCCAGAGGAGGAUAACAAAUAUGCAAAAUCUUGGUUGAUUGUAAGUCCAUUUUUGAAAUUUGAAGAAUGCAACUGUAAUUUGAAAUUUGCAAAGUAUUUGCCUAUUACAUGUGAAACUGUUGAAUAAGGUGUAUUAAAAAAAAUUGUGCCCAAAGUCUUGAGUAUGGCCAGUUGGCUGAUGGCAGGGCUAGUACUCAAGACUGAAGCUACAGUUUUUCUUAGUAAAUGCAGACUUAAUUUGCUAAACAUGUUUAUUUUCUUCAUGCAACGAUUUACAUUGUACUGAUGGAAGUUUGUUUUCUAAUUGUAUCACUGCCUCAGACAAUGUGACAUCUAAAAACUGUUUAUGAUUUAGUCUGCGUGCACUUUGAGAUUGAAAGUGACAAAUUUUUUGACACAAAAUGUGAACCACCAAUUUAAACAGAUUUAUUUUUAACUUCUUGAAAUUAGUUGCAAUUAAUUCAGUGGGUAAGUUCUUCAAAACUGCACCUCCUGUAGAAAAUUUGUAUUUAAGUGAAUUUUGUAAAUACAACAAUCUUGUGUUGGUCCAUGAAAAAGGCUAGAAUAAGAAUUAUUAAAGAACUAUCCAACAAUUUUUAUGUAGUGAUUGUAUUUAAAUACAUUGAACUCCAUAACAGAAUGAACCAUUUCUCAUAAUUUUCAAUUAUUUAUUUGACUUUUUAAUGUGGCCAACACAUUUUGUAAGUAACUCUUUCUGAGUGGAUAUAAGAAAGUUAAGGAUGUGCUUUUGUAUCUAUUUCAGUCCUCUUUCUUGUUUUCCAUGGUUUGGUCAGUUGGGGCUUGUGUCGAUACAGAUAGUAGAGCAAAAUUUGAUGUAUUCUUGAAAGACCUGAUGGCAGGCAAAAAUGAAGAAUGUCCUAUCCCUUCCAUAGUGGGCAAGAUCGAAUCACCAAUUCCAAAUGAAGGAUUAGUUUAUGACUACUUGUUUGAGGUGAGAAGGCAUAUAUUGUAGCCUUUGAAGUCUGUGGGUCUUUGGGCUUUUCUGCUUUCAUGAAAGAAAAGAAUGCUUUAUUUAAAAAAAAGGGUUUGAGGUAAAAAAAGGCUUGAAAGGAAGCAUUGUAAAACUUUGUAUAGCAGCAUGUUUUUAUGAAGUCAUAGCAAUUUUUUCCACCUCUCUACCUCAGUGUUUUUCAGCAAUGACUAUCUAAAAGAGACUUUACAUGGAUGUUACUAAAAGCCAGAGUUGGGAACGGGGAAUGGAAAAAUGAAAUGGGAAAUUGAAAAUGGCAUAUUAAUUUAAUUAAUUAAUUUUAUGUUUAUUACACAGAAUAGAAAUUUCCCACUCCCCACUCCCCACUCCCCACUCCCCACUCCCCACUCCCCACUCCCCACUCCCCCCCCCCCCCCUCCCCCCCCCCCACUCCCCCCUCCCCACUCCCCCCCCCCCCCCCACUCCCCAUUCCCCAUUCCCCAUUCCCCAUUCCCCAUUCUCCAUUCCCCAUUCCUCAUUUCUACUUUUAGCAACAUUCACUGUGCAGGUUUGAUGUUUUAGUGCAGAUGUUAUUUUAUUUGGUGUCUUAUUAAUGUCUUUCUGUACAUGCAACUUGGUGACAAGUGUUUUAAUAGAGAUAAGCCAGGUUUGAAGUUCUUUCCAAUUAUAAGUUUUUACAUUUUGGCAUGCACUGGUCACCAAAUCAUGCGACAAAGCAUAGUGUGAAUUUGUUUUGUUUCCUUUUGGCUGCCAGGGUCAGUCCAGGCCUAUGUCAUUGAAACAAUGAUUAUUUCCAGAAACCCAGGUCUCCAUGAUAAAUUUAGCAUGUUGAUUGAUUGUAUAUUACAGGCAUUACAUUGAGUUAUGCAGAUGAAACUUGAAAACUCCCUUUUGUUUGUUAUCUAGAGAAAGGGUCGAGGGAACUGGAUUCCAUGGACAAAAACCAUCAAGGAAGGUGUUGCAGGUGGGAAGGGGCAGCAGAUAAGUGAUAUUAUUGUUCCCACCAUGGACACAGCACGCUAUUCAUACCUAAUGGAGAUCAUGUUUAACAAUAACAAACCACUGCUUCUUGUUGGCCCCACUGGAACUGGAAAAUCAGUUUAUAUCAAGGACAAACUCAUGAAUGGUAUCGACAGGGAUGUGUUUAUUCCUGCUUUUGUAAAUUUCUCAGCCCAGACAAGUGCUAAUCAAACUCAGGUGAAUAAUUUACAUCAAUAUUCAUAUAUUUCACUCAUUCACUUAGCUGGUUUUGGGAAACACCUAAAUACUUGUACUACAAUGAGUAAAUCAUGUAAAGAGACCUGAUGACUUCAGGGUUGAACUUGAUCUGAUUCAUAAUUCAGUCUGUGAUCCAAUCCAGUCUGAUCCAGGUUUUGUUGACACCAGUAAAUCUCCUUUCAAAUCUAAUGGCAAAGAAUGCAACAUUUUAUCCCAAUUAGACUAUAUAUAUUUAGUCUUGCUUCCAACUGAAAUUCUUUAGAAAUUUGAAAAUGUGAUCAAGGCGAAGAGGCCUAACUGACAUCAACAUGAAAGUAUAAAUAAAUUGUUUCUAUUUUAGAAUAUGUUUUAAUACCAAUUUUUGGAUUUGGUUUCACAAAUAAGAUCCCCAGCCUCGAUAAAUCCAAUCAUCAUGGAAAGACCAAAUCCAGUAAUUGUGUUAUUACACAUGAAUAACCUAGUAAGCAAUUAUGCCUUAUUGAGGUGAUAACAAAUGUUGUUAAACAUCAUUAGGAUAUUAUCAUGUCAAAAUUGGACAAGAGGCGAAAGGGAGUAUUUGGACCACCAGUUGGAAAAAGGUGCGAAAAUUGUAUGACAGCUGACUUAUCUGUUUUUUAACACAUUACAGUUCAAUAGCUUGCAUUUGUAAGAAUCUCUUGCAUCCUACAGUGAUUAUCAAUAGCAUGUUCCUCACCAAAUCUGGGGUUGUGCACACCACAGUGUAGUUUUCAUGUCUUAGAUUGAUAACUAAACAGCUUUUCUUCACUGUUGGCUAUUUAUUAAUAAGUUCAACUUUCUGCUGUGCAUAAAACAUGUAUGAAAUCCAGAUCAAAAAAGGAGAGAUAAAGAUGAAUUCAGUUUGAUUCAUUGCCUGUUUUCUAUAACUGCUUUGGUCAGGUAUUGCUGCUGCUUAAAAAACAAGGUCGGCAUCUAAAUGAAUGAAAAAGAAAAUGAGUAAAAUGUUGAUACUUGCACCUCCUAUGUUCUGGCACUAUUCCCCAUCUUACACUAUCUGAUUCUGAUGCUGGUCAUCCUGAAAAGUUAAAAUAAAGCUACUUUAAGUUGAAGUAACUUCUAGAAUUUCCUUGACUGAAGGAAAGAAAUCACCUCAUACACUAUUCCUUGAGAGUACCAGUUCACUUAUUUACCUUUUUAUUCAUUUAGAUGCUGACCUUGUUUUUAUAUAUCAUCAGUUUAAAUCAAACCACAAUAUUUGAAAUUUGUACUGUUACAGUAAUUAAAGUAAACAUUCUUAGAUUUGAAAGUUAAUCUGUGUGAACAAAUUAUUGCAAUUGUUCUUUAUCUUUCCUUGUUUUGAUCUUGAGCAGUGAUUUCCUCACUUGAAUCUAGCUUGAAUCAUUGUCUUCAUUUCAUGUGUAUCAUUAAUUUUGUUUCAGCUACCCCAGUAACACUAGUGGCACACUAAUACUCAGAGAAUUCAAUUUUCAUUGCUUUUACAGAUUCAUUAUUUUUGUUGAUGAUGUAAAUAUGCCUGCUCUGGAAAAGUAUGGUGCCCAGCCUCCAAUAGAACUUCUUCGUCAGUAUUUGGACCAUGGGAAUUGGUAUGACAGGAAGGACACAUCUAAAUUGACUUUGAUUGACCUUCAGUUUGUGUGUGCAAUGGGUCCUCCUGGUGGUGGUAGAAACCCUGUCACUCCUCGUUUCCUGCGACACUUCAAUGUAGUAUCAGUUGCCACAUUUGGUGAUGACACAAUGCAGAGGAUCUUCUCCACUAUUGUCAACUUUUACUUCAGGGUAAGGGUUUCAUGCCUGUUUCACUUUUAAUUUUUUUUUCCAUAAUAUUUCUCCAUGAUCUCUUUAAUGAAGUGUCUUUUAUUUCUAUGAAAUGAAUUAAUUUACUCAUAAAGUGAGAGUAAAUAUAGACCAUAGAAAGCACCAUUUUGAAAUACAGGUCAAUAACCUGUUUGCAUUCAUGCCCAAAAGGUGGGAGCCACAACUCAUACUUCACAAACAGAUGCAGCUUUGGUUAAAAACAAAACUUAUGUUCUGAGUCAAUGAUGCCUUUUUAUGAAGCCCCCAACUAUACAAAUAGAUCACCAAGAAAUAGAAAUAGGAAUUAGGAGCUAGGCUUUAGUAUGUCAAAGGUUAGAGGCCAGGUUCCUAAGCAGCAGUCAGAAUGACAGUUCCCCUAGUUUUGUUUUGGAAACUCAAUUUACAGCAAGUGUCAGUUUCAUAUGUGCCUUCAACAAUUGCACACUUAAUUUAAAACCUUUAAUUGAAGCAAUCUAUAUUAUAGUGCAAGUGAGUUGGCUAGUCAAAAGAGUCAUUUUGUUCCUUAUUGCAAAAUGGGCAUCAUUUGACAUACAUAACCACAACUGCUUUUUUUUUCCAAAAGAACAAUGAAUUUCCCAAUGAUGUCUAUGCUAUGGGAACUAUGAUAGUUGGGGCCACAAUGGAGGUAAAAAUGAAAUUAUCAUUAACUUAAGAUCUACUUGUAACAACUUGCUGCAGUUCCAAAAGAAGAUUAAUUGUUAUCAUAAAUGCAACUCAUUGAUAUCUCCCAAAAAUUUGGUUUUUACGAAGAUCAUGGAAAGGUGAGAGUCCUUGGUAACUGCUAUGAUACAGUCUAUUCUAAGGAAAAGACAAAGAAGGGCAUGAAUUUUUAAUCUAAGUAAUCAAAGAAAAUAUCAUUCUUCUGCACAUUUCUGUAGUCAUUUCAUCUUUUUUGUCAGGAACAAAUAUGAUUUUGCUCUUUAUCAUUAUUUUCUUUUUUCUAACUGUUGGCUCUGUCCAAAAAAAUGUUUUUUAAAUGUUUGCAAACUAGCUAUAUUUUUAGUUUUAGCCUGUAUGUAUCUCAACUUCAGUCAGUAGGUUUUGCUGUAUCUAAUAACUAAACAGUUUCUAAAUUCUUUUUAAGUUUUAAGGAUGGUUCAAUUUGUUUCUUUGAAUUACAGGUGUACAAACAAGCUAUGGUGAAUCUUUUGCCUACUCCAGCCAAGUCACACUACACAUUCAACUUAAGAGACUUCUCUAGGGUCAUCCGUGGGGUUCUUCUUAUCAAAAAAGAUGCCCUAGCAGAUAAGAAGACAUUAAGCAGGUAUAAAUAUAAAUGAACAUUACAACUGGAAAGUGUGCUAAUUAGAAUAGGAGUGAGCUGUGAUGCCAUAUCAAGGCUAGAACCAGGUAUUAUUAUUUUGCAGUGUAACAGAAUAGACUUUUAAGGAUUCAUUCACAUUUGUUAAGCUAAGCUUGGUAGUUUGUGUAUGGGUUAGUGCAUGUCAUUAAGAGUUUUGCUUAGAGGCAUGACUAGCAUUUUCCAAGGUUCUACAGAUCCCUUUCACCAGAGACACCAGGCACACAAUACCCUUAAAUCCCCACUGAGCUAUAGCUGUUGCAUUUGUAUGGUCAUUACUUUUAUUUUGUGAUGCAAGAGUGAUCUAUGAAAGGAGGUUCCAAGCAGUGUUCAGCUUUUCAUCGCUUUUAGUGUCAGGUUUAGUUUAGUUUAAGUACAUUGAAUAGUGCUCAGUUUUAGAAUCAUUUCUAAUUAGAAAAAACUGUUUUCAAAAUUAAAGGGAAACCUUGCAAUUCCUUUUCUGGGGAUGUUAGAGACAAGACCCUUUUUGAAUGGUCCUUUCAGAGAAAAAAAAUUAAAACAACUCCCACCAAAAAGUAACCAUAUAGAAUCACUAAAACAAUUUGCCUAUUAAAGAUAGAUAGCUUAGAAAAACAACUUUCAAAUCAACUGUUGUUGUCUAACGGUCCAAUGUUUAAUUUUUAUCAAUUUUCAUUUUUUUUUUACUCCAAAAAAUUAAGUUCCAGCAAAAGAAUAUUAUUUACUUUUUUAAAAAAAAUUUGUCUAUGAGGAAAGAACAUGAAAGUGAGGAAGAUAAAUUGGAAACCUCUUCAGUAGGCUUAUCCUCCAUACUGUUCCCCAGACAUCUAUGUCACUGACGAGGAGAAUUUGUUCAAGAAGGACAAGCUUUUGAAGCUGGUCGUCAUUUUCUUAUGUGGACUGUUGUACUGAAUCUGAUGAAAUUUUGUUUUCUUUACUAAUUUGUGCAAAUCAAUGGAAAUUUACUACUUACAGGAGUAAGUUCUUUAGGGUGUUCUGAAUCACUUACUGCUUCCAGCAAUUCUACUUUUAUUAAAACCUGGCUCUAGAAACUGUGAAAAUCAAUUUAAAAAAAUCACCUUUUUGAUUUGCUAUUUGCACCCCAAAUGAAAAAUAAGAUAUUUUUAUGUUAAUUUCCUCUGCCUCUGUGGCACCUGAAAUGAGUGCCAAUUUCAUUUCAGACAAGGUGGAGUAUUUUUAAAUUUCUUUUGGAUGCUGCUCAGGUCAAUUUCAUUAGAUAAUGUUUUAUUUCACUUAUUGCAAUAAGGCAAAAUAGGAAAUACAGUGAGGUUCUCUUCCUUUUGCUGCUUUUUGUGAAAAUAAUUGCACUUUCUCUGGGGCUUGAUUGACACCUGACAAAGUGAAGUGUAUGUUUCAGAGUCAGUGAACAGCUGACAAGUUUCUUGUGUUAUUUCUCUGAUAUUUAUUGACAAAAAAUGUUUUCUUUUAGCUAAAAUAUGUGGACCGAAAAAAGGAGGAUGAAUUCUAUUUGAUAUUCCUGGUAUAUUUUCUGUUUCAGAUUGUGGGUCCACGAGGUGUACCGUGUGUUCUAUGACCGUCUGGUUGAUGAUAAUGAUAGGGCUUGGUUACACAGGUGUGGUCCUGUUUCACUAUCGGUUACAUUCCUGUUGCUGUUUGGAUGUCAUAAUGAUGUUAUAUUAUGUUUAUUAUAUUAUCUUGCAGUUUGCUCAAAACAGUUACCAAGGAACAUUUGAAGGAUGAUUUUGACUCAUUAUUUAAACACUUGUCAUCUGAUCAGAAAACGGUAACUGUGCCUCAACAGUCCUUUAUCUGCAUGAGGAAUUUGAUUUAUUACUUAAUUUUCAAACAGGAAACUUUCUUGGUUAAUUUGUGUGACAAUUCACAUAGAGAGCUAUUUUUAUGUUUUUUUUUAGGCAUCUGAAGACGACUUGAGAAGCUUGAUGUUCUGUGAUUUUCUCGAUCCUGAUGUGGUAAGCUGGAGAGAAGACUAUUAAAUUACUCUCUAGCAGAAUCGAGUAGACUCCAAUUGAAUUUAAAUUAAAAUUUGCAUUCGAACUUACUAGUUUAUGCGGUAAUUAGAUUUCUGAAUUGGGCAUUGUGUACUACAAAUAAAUUUAAAAUGGUUUGUAUUUUACACCCCAAAAGAUAGGUGAGGAUCGUUUGUAUCAAGAGGUGAACUCCAUUGACGAACUUUAUAAGAUUGUGGAGCAGUGUCUUGAGGAGUACAACCAGACACACAAGACACAGAUGAACUUGGUCAUCUUCAGGUCAGCCAUGAUUUAGUCUUUAUUGCAUUCGUAAACAUUUGGACUUUGUCGACAGCCAAAGUCAACUUUGGCAAGACAUCUGAACAGCUUAAGAAUUAGUCGUAUUUGUGUAGUUAACUUGGUGUAGAUUGCAAAAAUGCAAUGCGAGGUUCUCAUUAUAUCGUGACCAAUGUACUUACCUUGUUAUAGAGAGAGAUGAUUUUUCGUCAUGUCACAGCUGGGAACAGAGAUAUAAAAUCUCAGCCCAAUGAGGAAUUGCACUUCACACCUUCACUUUCUGUACUCCAAUACUAAAAACUAAGCUACAGUCAUUUCCACGGCGAAACAUGUCAUUUCUAGGUUCUUGCAAAGGUGAUCAGCUCACCAAAAUGGUAGCUUCAGGAGAAAAGUAGGUUACAGUUCCAUAUCAGUUUUCCUAAUUGUUUGUUAUUGGUGGUGGUAGAUAUGUACUGGAGCACUUGGUGCGCAUCAGUCGUAUCUUGAAACAGCCCGGAGGAAAUGCUCUACUUGUCGGAGUUGGAGGUAGUGGAAGACAGUCUCUGUCCCGUUUGGCAGCAGCCAUUUCUGACUUUUACGUCUUUCAACCAGAGAUCUCCAAAAGCUAUGGUCUUCCUGAAUGGCGCGAAGACAUCAAGGUUAGUGAUGCAUAAGACUUCUAAGUAAAACUCCAAGAGCUUUUUAUGAGGCUGAUUUUAAUUAAAGAUAGAUUGGGAGUUAUGAUUGUGAUAGGAAGCUGAGAGUGAUAUGAUUUGCUGAAGAUCAAAGCGACAGAAUCACAAGCUGGAUGCCAAUGCCACUUAUGACCCCAAAACUCGUGGUCUGGUGAAAACUGUAUCCUUGAAGCCAUAAUGAGCUUGAGGGUCUAGUUGGCUUUGCGACUGGUAAUUUUUUCAUUUAUUUAUUUGUUUAUUUAUUUUUUUAAUGUUUUUUACUUCUGCUUGCAACACUAUCAAUACAGUUUUAUUGGAUAACAAGCUUCCAAGUUCUACACAGAAUCGUUUGAAAAUGUGAACCCUCCGACUCCAAAUCUAUCAAGCUAAAAAUUUCAUUUACCCCACGAAUGACUUCAAGUUUUGAUCUUCAUCCAUUUUCUUGGCUAGUGACAACCAGGCUUUUGUCCUAUCUCCUGUCAAUGCACAGUUUGUAUUUUUAUUUCCUUGUAUCUUUAGACGCUGCUUAAAAGUGCAGGAUGUCAAAUGAAGCCAACAGUGUUUUUGUUGACAGACACUCAAAUAAAGGAAGAGUCUUUCUUGGAGGAUGUGGACAGCUUGCUUAACACUGGUGAAGUUCCAAAUUUGUUUGCAGUUGAUGAGAAAGCUGAGAUCAAUGAGGUAACUGCAGUUUCUUUUCUACAAGUGAAAAUAAUAUAAACAUGUUUUUCAUUUCGACUGGACGUCAGUGACACAUUAACAUAAAUCCGUGACUCAGUUCACUGUGUACUUAUUUCAAAUUUAUGAUAAGAGGGGAUGGAGUACGUAUUUGAGGAAGUGGGGGGGGGCGGUGCUUAUUUUCCCUUUCUUAAAUUGUGGCCCAAUUCAUUUACAAUGGUUAUUUGAGAACUACCAAAUGAACUGUAAAUAAAUUGUAAGAGUGGAUCGUAAAAUUUUUUGAUGUUGUAACAUAUAAACUACUAAACUAAACUAAUCGAAUUCGAGGUCCUUAAUACAGCUUGCAGAAAUAGAUAGGAAGGCGUUCAAUUCAAGGUUCAACAAUAGAUUUUAUUCGAAGUUUCGCAAUAAGUGAAGAACUGGUGUUAGCUUAUGUAACACUCAGUGCAAGUUUUCUUUCACGUGCAAGUGAUAAAGAACUGUAAUUUUCCCUUUCCCAUUUCGGUCAUGGAGAUUUCUGCUUUAAAAAAAUCAUUCUGUAAGGAUUGCCCGCAAACAGUCUUGUUAAGGCCUUGCAUGUACAUAUGAAAUUUAUAUGUAACUCUGUUUUUAAAGUGAAUCUCCCCUGGUCUGUCUAUAUUCUGUCCUUCUUUUUCUUUAGAGUGUUCGCCCAGCAGCCCAAGCCAAAGCUGACGAUAAGAAUGCUGAAUUUUCGCCCUUGGCAUUGUUCAAUUUCUUUGUGAAUUGUUGUAAAGGAAACCUUCACAUUUUGCUAUGCAUGAGUCCUAUUGGUGAUGCAUUCAGAAACCGGCUCAGGCAGUUCCCAGCUCUAAUCAAUUGCUGCACUAUUGACUGGUUUCAGGUGAUCUCUUACUUGAGCAUGUUUAUAUGUUUUAUGUUUACAUUGUAUCAUUCUUGGGCUUGUGGUUCAGUUUAAAAUCAUUUGUUGCCUACAGUUUGAAGUGCCACCAGGAUGAAAAGAGCCGUUCUUGCUCUAUCUCGAUUGUAAUAUUACUUUUUGCCUGAGCGGCAAUUGUUGCCAUUACAAUACUUCAACUGAAUAUAAUGUCAAAUUUGAUAUUGGGUUAAUACAGUGACACUCAUUAUCACCACCAUUACGCUGCAAGUAGUUAGCUUAUUGGAAAGCUCGGAUGACAUGUAUGAGACUACUUGAUGGAAAAUUACUUUCUUAUCUCUGCACAUAUAAUACCGUACAUAUCAUUAUAAUUAUUUAUUUGUAUUUUUAUCUAUUUAUUUACUUGUUCAUUUAUUGUAGCCAUGGCCUGAAGAUGCUUUGGAAAUGGUAGCUAAUAAGUUCCUUCAAGAUGUGGAAAUGACCGAUAAUGAACGUAAAGAAGUUGUUCCAAUCUGCCAGUAUUUCCAUACAAGUGCUCGACAUUUGUCUGAAAGGUAAUUUUUGUGUGUGUAAAGUUGCUGUUCUUGUUGUUUUGUUUUAUUUGUAUAACGGUGGUUUAUGCGCAUUGAAUCAUGAUUCAACAGGUAUGUAGAGCUAAGCUUGAGUUCAGCUACUACGCUAUCUUUGAGUUUAGUCCUAUUUGUGAUGUUCACAAAUUCCAGCACUGAUGUGACCUCCUGACUUCUCCAUCUAUGGUUGGGGUUUGUAGUCUACGUUAAUGUUUCAUACAAAUAGGCUCUUGUACACGGUGGAAAACUGAUUUGAUGUAGAUCCACCUGUGAUAUGCUUGUGUUUUUUUGAAGUUUUGUUCAUCAAAUAGAUGAAAUUUAAACCUUGCUAAACACUUCGGUCUUUGAUUCUAUUUCGUUAGUUGGAAGUUUGAUUGCCACGCUGUUUUAUUAUUAUAACGUUACAAAAACUAAAAUCUAUCCGCAGGUAUCUUGAUAAACUUGGCCGGCAUAACUACGUGACACCCACCUCAUAUCUGGAGUUGAUCUCUUCACUAAAAACUCUCUUGGGAAAGAAGCAAGAUGAGGUGUGUGUUUAAGCUGAGUAUUUAGGUAUUAAUCAUUGACCAAUCAUAGUUAACAAUUAUUCCAUCAGGGCGCGUUGGAUGUGGGAAUGGAAUAGUUAUUUAAUUAUAUUUCAUUAAAUCCUCAACGUUUGGAUAAAUCCAACGCUUUUUUUUAGCUAUGCAACAGUUGGUGCAAUGCAUUUCCAUUCUAGGGGACUCGGAAGAUGAGUUGAUGACCGGAGUUGAGUGAACGAAUCAGAACACCAAAAAUGCAAUAUUCGGAGUUGGAAAUUUAAUAACAAUAGUUAGAUAUAAAUCAAGCUUUUGAUCUAUUUGACCACAACAUCACGCUCAGGUUUGCACUGAGUUCCAAAUAUACCCAAAGCUAGGCGUAGAAGGACCAGGCACAUAUUACCUUUAAAUAGCGAAUUAUUCUUAACGGGGAAACACUAAAAGGUUAUUUGUAGAAAAGAGGAUGUGUUGACAGAACUAUUGUUCAUAUGAAAUUAAUAUCCUGUAGCAUGUCUACCCUCUUUAUCAAAUCUGAUUAUCUCGUUUGUUACAGGUCAUGCGAAACAAACACCGCUAUGAAGUUGGUCUAGAAAAACUGGCUUUUGCAGCAUCCCAGGUAGGUUGUAUGCUAUAGUUGGCCGAGUUUGGAAGUAAGUUUUUAAAGAAACUGUGGUACUGCAUCGGUGGGAGUGUAUGAUAGGGCAAUUUAGUAUUAUCAACUGAGUUGGUAACGUAAAGUGGCCACUUUAAAGAGUUUUAAAGCUAAGGAAGUAGUUUUGCAGACUUGUGCACUAAAACCUGUCUUGUCUUACUUGUAUAGGUAGCAGACAUGCAGAAAGAGCUGGAGGAAUUACAGCCCCAGCUUGUUGAGACAGCCAAAGAAAACAGUAAAAUGAUGAUAGUAAGCAUUUGUUCUUUACUUCCAAAGGCGUUUUUUUGAAAGUGGCUGACAGCGGUUACAUCUUAAUGCUUAGAUUACUGGCAAUUAUUGGUGUCAAAGAUGUGCUAUCCAAUCAAAAAACAUUACUGUAUUCUCCUCUAAUUACACUGAACAAUAUUUUCAGGUAGAAUUUUCUGCCUCAUGCCUAAGAUUUCCAAAAUUCUCAGGAUAGAAUUAGGGCGUGAUUUAAUGGAAAAUAAUUAUAGCUGAGACAUGUUUUGAAAUCCAGCUCUUGCAUUGACCAAUGCGUUAAUUACAAUUUGCGAACUCUCAACAACCCACCGUCUAUUGAAAGAAAAGUGUGAUUUUUCUGUCACCCUGUACAUUGGAUUAAUGCUUCAGUCACACUCGUUUAGUGACACUACGCGUUAAAAUUAAGGUAGGCAUUUUAAUCAUUGGAACAAAUGAUAUGUGUUUCAAGUGGAUAUUGCUUUCUAAUGUGCCUUAUAUUCGGGCCGGUUUUGUUUUUGAGUAGAUGUUCAUUUGAUUAGGCCCUCGUUGUUGUGUAGUCGUUUGUUUUCUAGACAAUUAUCACUAUCUUGGAGGUGAUCGUUUUUGCUACCACUAUCGUGUUAAUUUGACCAGCACCUGUUAUGCUAUCAAACCAAAAUUGCAAGGGUUCCUGGUUGAACAUUCUUGAACAAAUCAGAAGGGGAAAAAUUUCAAUCACAGUUAGUUCCCCUUUUCUAAUCACAGCAUUAGCUGUAACUUCUCUGCGCUUAGUAAGUUUUACUGGUAAUGCUACGUAACCGCACGUGUUCACAUUAAGUUACUUGUCCUCAACAGGUAAUUGAAAAAGAAUCAGCUGAGGUUGAGGCUCGUAGUGAACUUGUGAGGAAAGAUGAAGCAGUUGCGAAUCAGAAGGCAUCAGAGUCACAGGCCUUGAAAGAAGAGUGUGAGAGUGACCUCGCGGAAGCUAUCCCUGCCUUGGAGGCGGCCUUAGCCGCUCUAAAUACUCUCAAGGUAUGUGCCAUUAUCUCUAUUAUAAAGCAGUUGCAUGGGUGCAUGAAUGCCUCACUGUAGAUCUCUCACUUUUUAUUUUUCUUCCUUCAAAGAUUUAUUAUUACGUAACGUCAUGACAAAAAAUUUAUUGGCAAUAAAGGAUAAUUUUAAAGCACAUUAAAGCGCUAAAACUUUUUGUCGCUGAAGUCGGCGACACACCAGGCGAUUUUAUACGCCGAUCGCGGCAAAUUUGAUCGCUGGCGAAAAUCGGUAGCGAUUUUCGCCACAGAUCGCUGCGGACACACUCGGCGUUUAUUUUCGCCGUUCGCGACAAUGUGGCACUUCGGCCUUGAUCUCAGGUUCCAUUUGGUGACGUUUAAAAAUUGCGCGAAUCAAUGUAACCAAACAAAACGUCGACAGCGAAGCAAAAAAAAUUGCUGGCUGCUGCCGUAGUUUUGCAACUACAGCGCUCCAGGAAGUAUUCUGAAAAGUGGGACAUUAAAGCCAAUAUAGUCGAAGGCAUGGAUUUAUUGAAACGCAGAGUCCUUCUUGAGACGAUUACUGUUGUUGCUCGACGUUACAUCAAAUAAGCAUGGCUUUUCUGACCACAGUAUGAUCAAAUUGACUUUUUAUUCUCCGGUGCAAAAACAAUUUUCGAUGCCUUCUGCCUUUUUGAAAAGUCAUGUGAUAAUAUCGCCCAACUUGAGUGGUUAAUUGUACGGGCGAUUCGCAAUUGAAAGGGGAGAAAUCGCGAGAACGGGCAGACUUGGCGAAUUCCUGCGAAUUUAAUCGCCGAUAUCUGACAUGCCAGAUAUGCAAUAAACGAUUCAAAAUAUGAUUAAAACCGGUGACACAUCUAGCGAUUUAAUACGCUGAUCACAGCGAUUGGCGUAUAAAAUGGCUAGAUGUGUUACCGGUUUUAAUCAUAUUUUGAAUCUUUUACUGCAGCCAUUUUGUUGCGUUGCUUUCCAUCGGUAUUUUUACGAAUAAAUUUUGCCGCCUGAAGCUUUAUGCCACCUCACUUUGUGUGUGUUUCUUAAAAAUUUCCUUGUAAUGAAAAAUAGAUAUAUAUAUAUGUUGGCCAAGCUUAGUUUCCUUUAUGAAAACAUCGUUCUUUGUAUGACUGGAUAUGCAUGAGUAAUUUGAUGAAAUUCUGAAACAUGGCGUUUGGUGAGAGAAAAGACUUCAGCUUUUUGUUCCUCUAACAGUUUUACAUUGAACUGUAUCAGAGAGAUUUUUCAGUUUUUGUGGUAAAACAUACUAAGCCACUUUUUCUUUUAAAGUUGUUUCAUAAGAAAGAGUACAAUGAUAUAUUAACACUUUCCUGAACGUAAUAAUCUCGAAACUCGACUUGACCAAAAGUGGUUUGUGUUUGACCUUGUAGACACCUGAAUCAUUAGGUCGGCGGGUUAAAUCAAAAUUUCGUUUUUCUUGAGUUGGAAACUCUUUUCGUAUUUCUUUUCACUUUGAGGGGCUACCUGUAUAAAAAAAUAGAAAUAAUUAAGGUUUAAUAUUUGAGUUCAAAACUAACUUCUCUUUCUUGAGGAGAAAUAUCUUCUUUUUCAAGUUUCCUCAAACUUAAGGUCCUCAAGACUUUCUCUUAAAAGUGAUUUGUUUCAGGUUUCUAGGAGUGGUGGAAGCUGGGUAUAUUUGAAGAAGGCAACACAAUUUAAAUAUCGUUGCUUUUUUUUUUUUACAGCCAGCAGACAUAACAAUCGUGAAGUCCAUGGCCAAUCCUCCUGCUGGAGUCAAGCUUGUCAUGUCAGCAGUCUGUGUCAUGCGUGAUAUCAAACCUGAGAAAAUUAAUGAUCCAGCAGGAACUGGAAAGAAGAUUCUUGACUAUUGGGGCCCAUCAAAGAAGUUGUUAGGAGACAUGAACUUUCUUAACAAUCUUAAAGAAUAUGAUAAAGAUAACAUUGCUGUGAGUAACUAUUACCUGUUUUUGUAGGGAAAGUUUUUAUAGAGACUUCACCCGUUUCUUCACCAUUGAAUAGUUUGUAGUAAGUUGACGCUUAGUGUUUUUUUAUGUCCCUCGGGAGUAAAUAUAUCUUAUAAGACGUUUGGGGUGAAGUAUCGCUGAGUAUUUUUACCCGUUAUCUGUCUGUUUCUGUUCAUUUCUCAUAAGGCGGGAAAAAGCAAAGCGGAUAGAAAAGCGUAGCGCGCGCAGCCGAAUUGUUAAACAAGUGUUUUUUACAGUACAUAAUAACGAACUGUCCAAAUGAUCGUACAAUAUCGCAGGAUAUUUGUAAUCUAUUCGCGCGUUAUUUGUACUCUACCUUGUGCAGUUGGAUAAUAAUUGUUGAUAUUGGAAUAUUCACCGCUAGUCAUUCCUUUACUUAACGUAUCUACCUUAUGUGACCCUCUACACACUAAAAACUUUCAGUGCUUUUAAUUGUAAUUUGUUCUGAUAGCUUAAAGCUGUAUAAAUGUCAACAGACAUUAUUUACUCUAGUCUUCCAUUUCAGUUUCAUAGAAAUCAUUUUUUUUUUAAAUUUUAAAAUGCUGUUAAAUUCAUUUUAGGCCAUUUAAGGUUAGUGUUGUAUUUUAGCUUAUUGCAGAUAAGUUCAGCUUGUCGCAAGUUUCGGCGUAAUAGCUUAAUUGGAAUAAAUCCCACUGUAAUACAGGAUGAAAAGUAUGCUUUAGUAAAUUGAAACUUACUGUUUGAUCACUACAUCUCAAUUUUCACCCAUUUGCUGACGCGCCUAUGUUUUACUUUAUUUCAUUUUGGCCUCCAGGUGCACAUCAUGAGUAAGAUCAGAAAAGAGUACAUUCCUAACCCAGACUUCGAUCCACAAAAAGUGCGCACAGCCUCUUCCGCGGCAGAAGGGUUAUGUAAGUGGGUUCAAGCUAUGGAAAUAUAUGACAGAGUUGCUAAGGUAAGUCUCUUUAAUAGACUAUUUUUAUGUGGGGGAAAGGGACCUUCAAAACAAUUGUCAGCGAUAUUCGGCGGAGGGAUGAGAAGAGACUUACAUUGUAGCUGACUGAAGUUAAUCUUUGCGACAAGUGAACAAACUUAGCAACUUGAAAUUCGCUUGCAACAGGAUUAAAAAUGAGUAGCCAGUAUAGUAAAAGGAGAUCUAAAAAUUAAUACCCACCUGGAAAUCUAAAGCAGGACGCCUCACAGUUGCCAGAAAUUAGAAAAUUAUGUUUAGGUAUCUGAUAGGCCGAAAUUAAAACUUGGAAUCAGUUCCUUUGAACUCACUUUGUGUUUGCAAACCAAAGUUCACCGGAAAUUUUGUACAUUUUUCUUGUUUUCGUUUCACCUAUAAUUAAACAAUCAGAGAUGGAUGGGUUCUUUGAAAAUAAAUGAAAAAAAAUUGAUGUAAAAUUAGUUCCCUUUAACUGCUAAAUAUACAUAUAUAUAUAUAUAUUUUUUUUUUUUUUUUCUUUUAGGUUGUGGCGCCUAAGAAAGCUAAUCUAGCCGAAGCAGAAGCAUCCCUUGCAGAAACUAUGAAAAUUUUGAAUGCUAAACGUGAAGAACUGGCUGAAGUGGAAGCUAAACUGGCCAAUUUGAAACUUACAUUUGCAGAGAUGACAGACAAGAAACAACAACUGGAGUUUCAGGUUUGUAAGGAUGUUUACUUCUGUAAUUACUAAAUGUUAGAGAAAGAUGUUUUUCGUCUUGUCACGAGCGUAUGACAAAGAAAAAAUUCUGAGUCCACAUGAGGAUUCGAACCUCUGAACCGUUCGGACCGAAGGUCUGAGGUUCGAUUCCUCAUGGGGACUCAGAAUUUUUUCUUUGCCCCACGCUCGUGACCAGACCAACAACAUCUUUUUCUAUUUCUUUAUCGAGCUCAAAACAUACUAUCUCUCCUAUUUUAAUUGCUAAGUAUUUCUUUAAAUAUCUCUUGAUGUCGAUUUUACUUUCACCAUGCUAGUCAUUGUUCUAAAAGUUCCAAAAGAAACAGUAAACUUUUUUGUGAAUGCGAUUCACCUUAGUUGUGCGAUAUCAUCUGUGUUACUAAGUAGUUUUUUGAUGAGACAGUAUAGAAAUUCUUUCAAGAAAUGGUCUGAAGUCAGGAGCAACAACUGAUCUUGUAAUGUGUUCCCAUUCACAGUCCUUUUCAGUACCACUCCCUCACGGACGAUCAGACCACGCAAUCAAUUACGAAGAUGUUACCAUGUGCAUUCGCUAUGUGUGACUUAAGGAUUUUGCUUAUUUGUAGGUCGAUUUGUGUGGUAAGAAACUAGAAAGAGCAGAAAAGCUUAUUGGUGGACUCGGUGGUGAGAAAGAUCGCUGGUCAGCAGCUGCAGCUUCUCUUCAGGAUGUGUAUGAUAAUCUGACAGGAGAUGUCCUCAUCUCCUCGGGAGUCAUAGCUUACUUAGGAGCCUUUACAGCUGGCUUCAGAAAAGAGUGCACUCAAGAGUGGACCAAGAUUUGUAAGGUACUUAUCAAAGUUCAGUUAUUGAUUGGAAAAUGUUUAGAAAAGAAAUAGUUAGAAACAAGAGGGAGGGGAAUGGCAGUGGCAAUGGAGUGUUAAAACUUAGUGUUACCUGUUUACUGUCACGACCUGCAUAAAUGGUUAUGUGCCUUUUGUUUAUGCUUAUUUUUUCCUUUUUCGUCAUUCAGUCCAAGAACAUACCUUGUUCAGAUGACUUUUCGCUCAGUAAAACAUUGGGUCAGGCCAUUAAAAUCAGGGCAUGGAAUAUAGCAGGUCUACCGACAGAUUCUUUCUCCAUUGAUAAUGGAGUCAUUGUGGAUAACACAAGGAGAUGGUAUGUUACCUUUUACAGUAUACAGUGUAUCUAAAGAAAUAUCUUUUUACCUGUCGUCUUCCUGCUUGGUGCUGCUGGCCAGAUCCUUGUCUUAGCUCUGAUAAUGUACGCAGGACGUAUGUCUCAUUAGAAACCUCGUAAUGGCCUGGCUUACCGCAGUCUCUGUAGUUCAGUGGCAGAACAUCGGAGCACGAAUUCUGAAGACCCGAGGUUGAAGUCCUCAUGGGGACUUAGAAUUUUGCUUUUUUUCCACGCUCGAGACAAGAAGAAAAACAUCCUUCUUUACCUCACUACCGUGCUUAAAAUUUACCAUAUUUCUUUUUCUAUUACGGUGGUGUUUGGAGCAUACAUGGAUCUAAUUCUGCAACAAACUAGCCUGCUUCUCUUUUGCACACAAGACUAACUGCACAUGGAAAAAUAAUCAUAUCUGGGAAUGAACAUCAUGCAGGAAUUUUUUUUGCACUGGGAGAGUGAAUAAACCACCUUGCUGAGUGAAAACUUGAAGCGAGUAAAGCUGUAGAUACAGUUCGCCGAUGAGAAAAAGCAAUGGCUUUGUUAUUGUCUAUUAUUGCAGGCCGUUGAUGAUUGACCCACAAGGGCAAGCAAACAAAUGGAUCAAGAAUUCUGAGAAAGAUAACCAACUAUCAGUAAGUAAUUUCCACAUUGGGUGCUGAUGAGUAAAGCAUCACAUUGGUACUUCCUGGGUCAUAUGUGGAAAUUUCAUUUAAAACAGUUAAAUUUUGCACGAAAGGUUUUUCUUAUGUUUUUGAGGUUUUUUUUAAUAUAAAAAAUAACUCUAUGUUAGCAUGUAGAAUGGUAUGUAGCUCGCACUCAUCAGAUCGCCACAUUUGGGUAUGCGUCUUGCAUCAAUCAGAUUGCUGUAUUUGGGUAUGCAAAUCGCACCAAUCAGAUUGCCGCAUUAGGGUAUGUAUCUCGCACCAAUCAUAUCACAGCAUUUUUAUAUCUUUCACCAAUCACAGCGUUUAGGGUAUGUAAUUCGCACCGACCAUAUCAAAGCUUUCUUGCAAAUGAGGUCAUGGAAUCAGGCGGCUGUGCUGAAAGAAUAACAUAAACCAUAAAUUUCGGGCUAAUUUUGAUAAGUGUAAUGGUUUAUGGCCGUCGCAAGAGCCCCCCUCGAUUAAGGUAGAGAUUUAACGGGAUAUGAAAGGUUCACGUUUACCCUUUUUGCAUCAUUUUAAGCUAAAAUGUGUUUUUUCCGCUCUGUUACUCGCAACUCACACGCCAAACAACUUGCAUUCCUUCACGUACCAUGAAAACAACGUUCAAAGUCCAAUCAGAACAUACACAAUCAUUGCACUACAUGAGCAUUAGGUAAUUUUUCACGUGCUCUUCUUUUGGACAACCACAAAAUAUGAUGCUAUUAAAACUUUAGGAUUCCCUGUACUUUCAAAGUGUUUAAAAUGGUGAAGAAGGCAGUGAAGAACAAAACUGGUUGGAAAAUCCUCCAAACAUCAGUUUUUUUUCCUUUCUGUACGUUGUUUAGGAACUUGAAGUUCCCACCGAUGUUUCUUGAAUUACAAAUGCGUUUCAUAAGCUUUAGAGAUAAUAAGUGACUUGAUGCCCUUUGUGAUGCCUUAAUUUUACUUUAGUACAGCCCAUUAGAACCUUUUUUUGUUGAAUUGGUCACAUCCCUGCCAAUCUCAUUUUCUUAAUGUCCUAUUAUUAAUGUCCUAUUUGUCUUCGUCCAUACCAUUUCCGCUGGGGUUCAGUUUUGUCUUAAAAUCAGGUCAUUACAUUUCAGCACUCUUUGGCGUAUGUUAGUAAAUAGGAGAUACUGUAAAUGUAUGCAAUUAAUCAUUCUUGCGUUGCCCAUGGUAGAGGUCAGCAUUUAUUCUACAUGUAAUUACACAAAAGGUCUUCUUAUAGUUAUUUACACUUAAAAUUUACUUUCAAACAUUUUCCAGGUGAUCAAAUUAACUGAUGCUGACUACAUUCGUACUCUUGAGAACAGCAUCCAGUUUGGAAACCCCGUUCUUCUUGAGAAUGUAGGCGAGGAACUCGACCCAUCUCUAGAACCUCUGCUGCUAAAGCAGACGUUUAAACAAGGUAUGAACCAAGUCUUCUUACAUUAUUAUUGAAGAAGGGUGCUUAACAGUUUUUGGGCAACAAUUGCCGCCCCGGUUGUUUGUCAACAAAAAAUAAUCCAAUCGACAUCAUGUUUCUUAACGUUCUUCUACUGGCAUUAUACACAAUUAGCACUUGCAUGACCAGGGACAUAAGUCUCAAAGUCUUUGAGAAUUCAAACAUGAACCCUCAAUGUGCAUGCAAUUUGCAGCUUUAGAGACUUCCUUUAUAAUGGUAUUCGUGUCAGAAGUCUGGUGGAUGAGUAAAUUUACAAGCAACUUGCAAAUUAGAGAGAGAAAAAAGCAUUUCCUCAGGGAAGUAUCGUGGACCUGAUGAAAUCGUGAGACUAGCUUUGUUAUGAACGAACUUAAUUUGAUGGUAUAAUACUUAGCGAUCAAAUCCUUUUAUUGUAGGUGGUGUAAAGUGCUUACGUUUGGGUGAAAGUGUGAUUGAGUAUUCCGAUGACUUUCGGUUCUAUGUCACAACCAAGCUGCGGAAUCCUCACUAUUUACCUGAACUAUCCACGAAGGUCACAUUGCUUAACUUCAUGAUCACUCCUGAGGGCCUGGAAGACCAACUGUUGGGAAUUGUUGUCGCCAAAGAAAGGUUUAUGUUUCAUAGAUUUAUUAUAAAUUCCUUGUAUAUAAGCGUAACCUUUCACUCAUCGACUUUGCCUUUUUUUAGACCUGACCUUGAAGAGGAAAGACAGGCAUUAAUACUGCAGAGUGCUGCAAACAAAAAACAGCUCAAGGAGAUUGAAGACAAGAUUCUAGAAACACUUUCCUCUUCUGAAGGAAACAUCUUGGAGGACGAGACAGCCAUUCAGAUAUUAGACUCAUCUAAGGUAAGCCCAUACAUUAUCUGUGCACUGCAUAAUAUUAAAAAAUGAUCACUGCUUUUUGAGGUUAUUCCCUAGUAUUGCACAGGGCAUUCUGUUUAGUGUGUAAUAGCCCUUGCAGAUGUUUAAGAUUAAUAAUGGCAAUAGGACCGAGUGGAGUUCGUCUGUGAUCGUACAAGUGAUAAACAAAAUCGGAUGACUGCGAAACGGGAGUCCGUUUUGACAAUCACGAGUAUGAUUACAAACAGAGUUGGAUCAUAAACAUUAUAAUUUCCGAAAAAACAAAUACAUGAAGGGAGAAUAUCUCCGGUAGAGACAAAGUAUAAAGUGAAAAACUCGCCAAUUCACUAUCUGUUGAGGAUAAGUAGCUGUUGCUAUGGUUAUUGUGAUUAAUUCGGUCAUUGGUGGAUUUAGCUGAUGCCAUAAGACAAAUCUGAAAUUGUUCCUUUUGAUUAUUACAGUACACAUACUAUUAUUUCAAUAAUUUAGCCAAAGCUGUGCUUCUGGCUCUUACAAAACCUAACGCAAGCCAGUGGAGCAAAUGGCCCUAAUGGAUACAGUUGCAAACAUUUCAUCCUUACCUUAGAGUCAGUUACAUGUCCUGAAAAUGUUCGAUGUGUUAUUCAUAGUAAAUGUUUGAAAUCGUCGGAAUUCAGGGAACAUUCAUGGAAAAAUCAGAGAAGACCUUACGUAAACUCCUUUUCCUCAGUUUACUAACGGAUACCACGUUUCUUUCUUUCCUACCCAAACCCCCUCACCUCAUAGAUUUUUCAUUGCAAAGAAUGGUCGGACGAUUGAUCAAAACGGGGGAAUGUGAAAAUUUGAUGCCUCGAAGAUUUAUCAUCUGCAAACCCAAUUCCUCAAAAUUUUUCUUUUUUCGCUGUUUUAACAUUGAAUGAACCAAUUACUUACGAAGAAAACUGAUUAAAGAGUCAAUUGAUUGCAGGUACUCUCUGAUGAGAUUUCAAAGAAGCAGAAGGUAAAUGUGUCUCUUUUGGUUCAUAAAGAGCUUAUUAUCACUAUUGUUAUUGGAUAGUUAUCACUGCCAUAAAACGGCAGCAGGUUUUGCCAUCCGAUAGAUGAAGGAGUAAGUACCUACUUCUCCUUUUUCUGUUUUCAAUAAUUCUUUGUUCUGUCUGAGAGUAGGGUAAGUUAUGUAAUACAAAUUAACAAUUGUCUUUCGAUUAGAUUGCAGAGGAGACCGAAACUAAGAUCAACGAGUCACGACGUGGAUACAACCCAAUAGCAGCACAUGCAUCAGUUCUGUUCUUUUCCAUAACUGAUCUACCAAAUAUUGAUCCCAUGUACCAGUCUUCGCUUACCUGGUUUGUUAAUCUCUUCCUUAACUCCAUACAUGACAGGUUAGUACAUUUUGAACAUUGCGUUGGUGAUUAGCAUGCAAUUUAUAUUUACUUUUUGUGGUGUUAAUAAAUUAAUGUUAUUGAAUUAAUGGCAUUUAAAUUGGCAAAUAGAUAUAAACCUGUCAAACAAAAGAGAACAUAGUGGUUAAUCUUUCCCCAACCUUUAUUUUCUUAUUUUACAUGUAGGCUUCAAGUCUUAUUGCAAUUGCUGCAAGACAACGUAUUGUUUCGUUGUUUUGUGGUAAUAGAAAGUUUGGUAAAGCUUUUCUUCUGGGGUCGGCAGCCUCGGCUAUGGUGUGGCUGACAUAAUCUGUGACUUAAUAAUUAUUUCUGGCUAUUUUCAUAAAACUGAAUAAUUCUUUUAAAUAUUUUGUCCUUUGUAUUCUUUAUCGUUUAUUCGUGUAUUUAUUCUUUUUAGCGACGUACAUUGGACUGUGUGCUGAUGUUUGUUUUCGUUUUCAUUCCAGCAACAAAUCGAAGAUCCUAGAGCGUCGAUUGCGUUACCUGAGUGAUCACUUUACCUACAAUCUGUACUGCAACGUGUGUCGAUCACUAUUUGAAAAAGACAAACUUCUUUUCUCUUUUGUGUUAUGCUGCAACAUUCUGAAGUAAGUUCGACGUUCAAUGUUGCAUUUUUCUUAUUAAGUUAGAAAAAUCAUAGGUACAUGUAACCGUUUCACGACCGAGGGGCGAUUUACUAAAACUUGAUGUGUAGCCACAUGGAUUAAUCGUCAUGUCAUCGUCGUGUUAAACUGCCUCUCGUUUGUAACAGGGGAUGGAAAGAGAACUGAAAAGCAUUUUGAGUAUAGUUCGAUCUAAAACUUGCGGGGAACCAGCUGUCAAUCACUGUAAUGGUGAUAACACAUCUGGGGAAAUAACAUCACUCGAAGGGAGAGAAAGGCCAGUUUUAAGCUUUCUGUCCAACGUAUAGUUUACUCGAAUUACACUAUCUACCCUGACUCUCUUGUAUUUCUUACCGAAAACCUCUUCGUUGUAAAAUUUGAUGUGAUGUAUGAUUUGUUUAACAGUGAUGCACUGUGCCUUGUUUCUUGGCAUUGCGAGUGAUAUCUCUGUCAUGUCGCCGUCAUCAGUGUCGGCAGUGAAAUCUUCUCUUAGCGUGCGUGCCCUACCAGUGGGUCUGGAGCAUUUCACUGUGUAGUGAUUUUUACCACCAUAUUUGAUAUCUAUUUUCUUCUUAUACCUGCUUAUUUUCGAACACUCAAAAUUGAUUGUUAAAAACUUUUGAUUGCAGCUCAAAGAAUGAGAUGGACAUGGAAGAAUUCAUGUUUUUCUUGACUGGUGGGGUAGGCCUGGAAAACAAGGUAAGAUGCGAUCGAUCAAAUUCCAUAUCUUUUUAGCUUAUUAUCGUUCAUUAGAAAAUGAUGUUUUGUCUUUUGGCAUUGAUUCAUCGCCAUUGUUUUUCUUUACCCAGCACUUUUCCUCUGUCGUUUUUCGUGUACUGCAAUGUUCCUGGAGGAUUUUCAUUAAACGUUUGCUUUUUUUCAGCUGGAAAACCCAGAUCCUUCUUGGUUGUCAGAUAAAGCGUGGGAUGAACUCUGUCGAAUGUGUGACUUGCGUGGCUUCAAGGAUUUCAGGUUUGUGAAUGCAUGAAAUCGUAUUGAUUGAAUUUUCUCUUUUCAAAAUUAGGAUAAUCCGUUUGUUUUUUUUAAAGCCAUGGAAAGUGAAAACACGUCCUAGAACCGAAAAAUUGUCCUUCCUUUUACUAGAAAAUAAUAAAAAAAACGUCUUACUCUACAGAAAAAGUUUUGUUGGUAAUACGCACGAGUGGCGCAAGAUUUAUGACAGCAAAGAACCUCACCGGGCUCCUUUUCCCGCUCCAUGGUCUGAACAACUGACUGACUUCCAGAAAAUGAUGGUCAUUAGGUGCCUCCGGCCUGACAAGGUAAUGACGUGCUUAGUAAAUAGCACUUUAUCUUCCAUUAUUUAGAUAAACAAAAAAGAAAAUGAGAUAGAGAAAUCUUCAAAAGAACAAAAGCAAACUACAAACGUUGGAGGUGAUUUUAUUACGAUAUUGUGUGGUUAGUAGUUAAAUCAAAUAGGAAGUAGAAAUGUAGCAAAAGAGUUGUAAACAGUGAACCAUUUGGAUGUAAUAGUGUUAAGGUUAUACCCAUAGUGCAGGGGAGACUCUUUUAUCUAUCUGACAUUUAACAAACACACACACACAUACUCACACACAUGGCGUCACCAUGAACAACUUUUGCUUCGUUCUUCUAUAAGACAAAGAGAAUCUAUGUUUCCCUGUGUCUGUCCAGUACUUGAUCAAUGAAGACGUCGAGCAAAGAAAAUUGUCAUCAGUGAUACACUCCCACUCGUUCCCUUCGCAUUUUGACGUCAUCUAUGUUCUGUUACUGAACAAACCCACAACAACAUGAAACAAAUUUGUUAAUUAUAAGCUUCAAGAACCUUAUUCAACCGACUAUCUCUUCUCGGCUAGAACUGAACAUUACGAUACUACUUUACACACAGGUUGUGCCACUUGUAACGAACUUCGUGGAAGACAAGCUUGGGAGUAAGUUUGUUCAGCCCCCACCGUUUGACUUGGCUAAGAGCUACGUUGAUUCCAAUUCAUGUGCCCCACUUAUUUUUGUAUUAUCUCCUGGAGCUGAUCCUAUGGCAGGUUAGUGACCGGAUGUGUUAUUACCAAUUUUGAAUUAUAUCACUGGCUUUCUACGCAAGUCUUUAUUAGUGAAAGACUAUGGUCUGUCUGUCUGUCUGUCAGUCUGUCUAUUUGUUAAUUAAUUCAAUUAUUUAAACCAUGGUUUUGUUUUUAGGCCUAAUGAAGUUUGCAGCAGAUAAAGGUUUCAGUGGGGACAGAUUUAAUGCGAUUUCCCUCGGACAAGGACAGGUAUUUCUUUUGUAUUUAAUUGGUUUUCAGCGUUGGCUCGUAGUGAACGUGUUUUCACAGUUUAGAUUCCUUCUUUAAUCGAUUUUGUUAUAACCGUAAAUAUUUCUUUCCUUAUCUCAUAUCUUGCCUAAUGAGCAGUCAGUUUUCAUGUGGGUGUCGAUUCGUUCUGUGAUUGGUUCAAGGAAGUUGCACUAACAUCUCAAUCAACUAGAUGCAAAGCGAAACCAAUGACUACCUAGUCAUUAGGGUUUCCCGUUUCAGGCAUUUUACUUGUUUUUGCACUGAGUUCUCACUAACUCUCGAUGAUAUUUUCGCGUUUAGCUUUGGUUUUAUUUUUAACGAAACUCACUCGAAUGCGCCUGAACCUACAUAAUCUUAAGGGAUGUGUAAAAAUUAUCGCAUGCAUAACGCUUUUUGUCAGGGGCCUGUUGCCGCUCGUCUCAUAGAGAAUGCCGUCAAGGAUGGAACCUGGGUUGUAUUACAAAACUGUCAUUUAGCAGUGUCGUGGAUGACUUCACUUGAGAAGAUUUGCGAAGACUUGUCUCCAGAGAAUACUCAUCAGGACUUCAGGUUGUGGCUAACAAGUUAUCCCUCUGAUAAGGUAACCAGAAAGGCCAAGGACUAGCAGAUCUAGUGGUAGUGCUAGCGUUGAUAGUUAAGGUUUCGUAGUGGAAGUUGUUGACUAUUUGUAAUCAUUCAGAACUUUACUCUUUUCCCCGCUCGUCACAAUUGGCUUACCGUUACCUUUGUUGGGCGGCUCAGCUCAAAUUUGUAAACCUCCAUAUAAUAUGUCUGUUUUGUAGUAUCUCCAUUAGUCAGUAAGACUGGUGCAUAGACGUGCUUGCUCGGAUGACCCUCUUAACUUUUUACCAUUUACUGGUUAGUUUCCAGUUACUGUACUUCAAAAUGGUGUAAAGAUGACAAAUGAGCCCCCAACAGGAUUGCGCCAGAAUCUCUUGCAGUCCUAUCUGAGUGACCCAAUAUCUGAUCAAGAGUUCUUCAGUGGUUGUGGGGCUAAAUCUGCGGUAAGCAAGCAACACUUGAGAAUUUUCCUAGACAGCUGUAUUUGAGCCAUGGAAUGAACAAGUGUUAGAAAAAAUGUUCUCAGUUAAUGUUACAUUCUCCGACUUUCGUUGUUGUCGUUGUCAGUCUUCACUACCGAAGAGUAAACUUGUAACGUUGUGAUGAAGUAGCAAGGUUCUUCUUUUCAGGAACAAUCAACCGUAAACGUAUUUUACCUAAGUGUGGCACCUGGACGUUCAAUUUUAAGCAUUGUAUUUUUCCCAUUCAGGUCUGGGAGAAGCUUUUGUUUGGUUUGUGUUUCUUCCACGCUUUGGUACAAGAGAGGCGAAAGUUUGGUCCCUUGGGCUGGAACAUACCGUAUGGUUUCAACGAGUCCGACUUAAGAAUCAGCGUUAGACAAUUACAGGUUUGUACAAUGAAAUUCAAGAACGGUUGUAGGUUGCUCGUAAGUUACUAGUGUUUUUGUUUUCUCAGAUGUUUAUCAAUGAGUACGAAGAGAUUCCGUUUGACGCCAUCACUUAUCUGACUGGGGAAUGUAACUAUGGAGGCAGAGUUACUGAUGACAACGACAGGUCUGUAAUGAAAACCUUUCCAAAAAAUACCUAUAACUAUCUGGACAUGUGUGCAUUUACCGGACGUUUUAAUUAAUAUUUUUACCCUUUUGGCGGGAUUUAAAACGUUUAAUUAAGUAAAGAAAGGUUAAGAAUUUGUCACUAGGUCGUUGAAUGAUCAUGCUCAGCAAGGUUUGGUUGCAUGUGGAAAGUGUGCAGAGCAUGAGAGAGCCGUAAGAGUUGCUGGAGACACAGCCGAGAGUAACUCUAUCUCAUAAGUUAUUGUUGUUGUUAUUAUUAUUAUUAUUAUUAUUAUUAUUAGUUCCUCUUAUUGUUAUUGUUUUUAUUAUCAUCAUUUUUGUUGCUGUUGUUGUUUUGAUGGACAGCUAUAUUGGCGGAAGAAGACUUCAGUGUGCUGGUGACAAUUUCUUCGCUAGUUUCUUUCAUUGAUUGUUGAAAGCAUUGCAUCUCGCGGCCAAAGUGACGGGAUUUAUCCUGCAAAAUGCAACUGCAUGCGUCAUGUUAUGUACACACAGCCUACCAUAAAGAUUUACAACUUGAUGGCACAAUAGGAAUUAGAUGGGACAAGCGCGCACGCUAUGAUGUCAAGAAAGAUAAAAUCCUUUUUUCACGUAUCGUAGUAAAUAUAUACCUAAAUUCACCUUGUAAAUUAAUACCUCGAAAAUUUUAAACAAUUUACACAAGCGUCAUCAUGGCUGUUAACUGUGUUUUCAUUUGGUGGUUUCAGACGGUGCCUUAUGAGUAUCUUGGCAGACUUUUACACUUCGGAGAUUGUACAAGAUCCUAAGUACAAAUUCUCACAAAGUGGCACUUACUACGCUCCUCCAAAAAGUUCAUACGAUCAGUAUGUAGAGUUUAUCAAGGUAAAUUCUUCUACCAUAGUCUUGAGGAUUAACUAGUAUUGAGCCAGAGCGGUUAACUGAAGCCUCUUGUGUACUGUAGGAACUUCCCUUAUCCCAGACCCCCGAGGUCUUUGGGAUGCACGACAAUGUGGACAUUUCCAAGGAGCUGCAGGAAACUAAACAGGUUUGUUGCUCAUUUUUUGAAGAUUUUGUAGUUCUUAAGCACAGCUAUGAGCUUGUGUGGAGACCUCGUUUCUAGCGGCAGGAAUUAGGUGACAUUUCUAGGCAGGCUGAAUUAAGGUAACGCAUGUAUUUAAACUUGAUUUCAACCGUCGUCUUAUUAAUGUGUUAUAAUAGUGAAAAACGUUUUAUGAAUCAACAGCUGUUUGACUCUGUAUUGCUGACUCAGUCACAAAGCGGUGAAGGAGGAGCUGGCAAAAAGUCUGAUGACGUAUUGUUAGAGAUUGCUAAGGACAUCUUGUCCAAGGUAAGUACUCACUGAGCAUGAAAAUGUGGAAGACCCAGUAAUCAACAUGUUGAAAACUAGAUCGAAGGAACCAAAAGAGCUUUUUAACGACCUCUCCUAAGCUUGGAUGUUCUGUAUCGCUCAAAUCGAUGUAAAACUUUGUUUACUUUGGCGAUUCGCAUCAUGGGACCCUUCUGAGAGUCUGUGUCUGCGUAGUGAUCUAUAUUAAACCAAAUUACUUCUUGAAGAUUAGAUGUUCCUGAACAAUACUAGGACGAUCAUGUAGAACCAUGGAAGCAACUUAAAUGUGACAGCGAUAAUCAAUGAAAAGUUAUCUUAGGCGACAUUUUUCCUUAAUUUCUCUUGUAUUUCCACUUUGAAGGCAAAAUACAAACCGGCAAAAAAUCCUAUAAUAGGAAAUAUAUCUAUGCCUCCACUCGGAAAUAUUCUGGAUUUUCCAUCAGCUUAUGAAAUAGUUGUUCGUUUCUUGUCUUCUGCGAAUAAUUUCCAGUUGUUAACAAGGCAACAGUCAGAGAGUAUCCUUCGUGGCUGAAACUUUUGUUGGAUGAGAAAAGAUAUGGAGAUUCAGAAAGCGUUUGAGAGACUUAAAUUCAUUACACUCUUGACAAUGUUUUCAGCUUCCAAAGGAUUAUGACCUGGAGGUGGCUCUUCAAAAAUAUCCAGUCAUAUACGAAGAGAGUAUGAACACUGUUCUGGUUCAAGAGAUGGAGCGAUUUAACAAGUAAGUCACUCUCUUGUACUUAGCUGGAGUUCUAGCAGGUAAAGGUUCGAGUUAUAUGUUUGUAUGUUGUGUUCUCAGAUUGAUGUCAAUAAUCAGAACAAGUUUGCAAAAUCUGCAGAAGGCUAUAAAAGGCUUGGUUGUCAUGUCAUCAGAUCUGGAGGCAUUGGCGAGCAGCUUGCUAGUUGGAAAAGUGAGUCAAAGUCAUGCUCAAACCUUGAAUCCACGAUAUUUUUCGUGUUUGUUUUUGUUUUUUAAUUUAUUUUUGUUUGUUUGUUGUUUUUUUUUUAUGUAGGUACCUGAGAUGUGGAUGAAGAGAUCAUAUCCCUCUCUUAAACCUCUCGGGAGUUACAUCAAUGACUUUCUAGCCAGACUCAAGUUUUUACAGGUAUUAAAAUUGGAAAACAUAGUAUUCAGCGUAUAUUAUUUUUCUCGGAAAUUACCCAAAUAGAGAAUAUACAAUCACAAAGGUAAAAAUCGACAUUGGUUAUUCUUAAAUUAAAACUUAGUUGAAAAUUAUUCCAAUUUGAAAUUUGGAGUAUCUGGGCAAGAUUUGGAAGAAUUAACGUAUUUUUACUGGUUUGCUGGGUUCGAAAAUAACUGAGGUGAUGAUGAUUUCCUCCUUAGGACUGGUUCGACAAAGGGAAACCAGUUGUGUUCUGGAUAUCCGGGUUCUUCUUUACACAGGUAGUGUACAGUUUCUCAGUUUUUUGUUGACAGUCUUUUAUAUUAAUGAAUGAGGUAGAAUUACAAGCUCUUUAGCAACCAAUUGUACUGGUGUGGACUGUGUAAUAUGGCUGUCAAGAUGUCCUUUUUGUCAUUUGGUUACAAGCGCAUUAAAGACUGCAUCAAACAUCAUUUGGCUUUAAGAAAAACCAGUAGUGGAAAUACGGUAUAUCAUUAAAGCAUGCUACUCUUUCCAAGUGAGUGUGGAAUAUGUCUGCUUGAUUUAUCCUAUAUUUUGAGGAGCACAGAUAACUGAUUACGAUGCAAAGGUCAUGGGAAUUAUUUUGUAGCCAGAGGAUGAUCAGGAACUCGGUGAAUGUCAGCAUAUUUAUUUAAGUUGUUCACCGCGUGAUUCUCGUCAUUCUUUACUAAAUUUUAUUCCAUUGGAAUUCUUGACUCCGUCUCUAAUACUUCGUUUUAAAUUUAAAUCAACGAACUUUGAGACCUGGUUUUUCUCUUUGGGAAUUUUUCAUCAGCAGUGGUAGUCUCUGACGUUUAAGUUGAUAACGACCUAUAUUGUUUGUGCCCCCUUCUUAGGCUUUCUUGACAGGUGCAAAGCAGAAUUAUGCAAGGAAGUACACUAUACCGAUUGACUUGCUGGGCUUUGAGUUUGAAGUGAGUUUCACAAUAGCAGUAGUUAUUCGAAGUUGUAUAAAGGCACCAUAAUUGGGUUCUAUAUGAUGAUGCCCAUAAAUCGCAAUAUAUAUAUCUUAUUACACGUUUUGGUGUGUAGUAUCGCUGAGUGAGGGCUCGUCAAAAUACAAACAACGAAUAAAAAUACUCAGCGAUACUACACACCAAAACGUUUCAUAAGUUAUUUAUUAUCAAACUGCUUUUUUUUCUGGUAUGUCUUUCUGCUCAUUUCUCAUAGGGCGGGUAAAGCUAAGCAGAUGUAGAAGAGUGGCACGCGCAGCCGACUGGUUAAACAGGGUUUUUUUCUUUAAGUACACAAUAACCAACUGUUCAAAAAACCGUACAAAUAUCGCAGGAUAUUUGUACUAUAUUCGCGUGUCAUUUGUACUCUGCUUGAUAAAAGCUUAAUAAACACAGAUUUCGGAUAUAUAAUUUAUUUUCAUAAUUUUUACCGUAGAACAGAAUGGGAGCUUAGUCAUUUACGCUGAGACGUUUUUCAGGAUAAGUUUAUUUGACGACGCAUUUUAAUCAACACGUUUCUUUUUUUAUCAGAACGUGAUCUGCACAUUUUGAACUAAGAACGGUGUCCAGGAUUUGCAUUUUAAAGCCUCGUAAUUUUUUUUGGAAUUUUUUUAACUUCAAAGUAGAGCUUUUGAGCAAAGGUUUCAUUGUAGACGCCAUAUCUCAAGAAAGAAGUAAAAAAUUGAAAAAUCCGGGACAUUCUUUUAGGGUUCAGUAUAUUUCCGACUUUAUCUCCCAUUUCACGAAAAUUGACCAAAUAUCAGUCGAGAAUAAACUCUUCAAAGAUUAGUCCUCAAGUCGAAAUACUUUACCACCAAAAGCGACUGUUAAUUUUUCGGGGCGUCGGUGAUUGUUUACAUAAAUGCGUUUCCAUUUCACGCCUCUGAAGGCUGUUACCCAAUAACAUUGGAUCAAGCUAUUUGACGCUGUUUUGCCUGUCGGCGCUGAUGCGUGCUAGAAAGCAAAGAGACAAUUUGUAAGGGGGUAGGUCGCGUGAAUAUGAAGCUAAUUUGUGUCGAUAAAGAAGGUGCUUCAACCAGCAAGAAGAGGAGGAAAGAGGUCAGGUAGAGGAAGGAGAGCUACACUCGAAACAAAACACAGCUUUUCAACGAUCGAUGCUCGAAGUGCAAUGCUAGAAACCCCUGUCUCUAUCCAUGAUCAAUGUUUCCGCUCCGAUGCAAACUGCGAAUAGAUUUUCCUUUUCCCAGAACAGCAAAAGAAACUUUCCACUUUGGACAUGAUAACAGCUCCAAAACAACACUUAAUUUACAAAAACAAUCUCUCUAGCUUUCGGAAAGAACUAGUGUAAGUAGAGUUGAUGACAAAUGAGCAAUUUCGGAACUGUACAAAACUGUACAGUGUGCAUUGUAAAUCAACAGUGGAAAUUAGAUGACGAGAUGAAGUUGACAUGAAGUGUUAUCAAUCUCGCGCCUUCCUUUCUACUCUAAAAUUACUUUUUGCUUCAUAUGUUCUGAAGUAAAAAAGAUAUAAAAAUAAAACAUUUAGAAGUUGAUAGAUAUUUAGUUUUUUUUUUUACUAUUUGCACGACACUGACUCGUCCGCACACUUCUUUAAAGCGGGGGCGUCCAACGUGGGCAGGAUGAAAGCGUCAAAUGUGAUGAGAGUUCAGUAAGGUCUCCUCCAUUUCCUCCUCUCCCGUCUCCACUUCCUUAUUUUAGGGGCCGCACAUGUUAUAGAGACGAUUGGCGACGAGUCGGCGCUUGGUAGACGACUUGAUGCACACGCUCUUAUAAAUAACGUGUGCAAUAGGGACGCCCACCAGGAACGGUCCCGACCGUCUUCAGAAGUAACUAAUUUCAGCACUCAGUACAAUGCCGGCAAUGUCUGAUCUACGCUGAAUUUUCACCUUUUUUUUACUUUAGGUUCUUUCUGGAGACACUGCAGAAAAGCCACCCAGUGAUGGAGUUUAUGUACACGGUCUAUUUUUGGAGGGCGCUCGGUGGGAUCGAAAGAGGUUUGUGAGAAGAGUAUGAUUUUGUCUUGGUUCAGCCUACGACUAUAUAUUUCACAUAUUAACAUUCGAUUGUUUAACAGAGGUUUGAUCGGUGAGUCAUUGCCAAAGAUUCUCCAUGACACGAUACCAGUUAUAUGGGUGAAACCAGGUAAGAUAUUGUACAGUGUGUACCGAGGAUAUAAAAAAUAGGAAGCGUAUAAUUUGUUUAGAAAUUUCUUACAUUGAAUAAUUCUUACGGACGUUCGAAAUCCUCUCAUGUCCAUAUCUGAUUUCGAUUUUAUUGGCAUGAGAUGACGAUCACUUCAAUUUAAACAGGAAAAAAAUAUUGAAAAUUUAUGUACUGAAAACCAAAGCGUUGAUACGAGAUUUGGUCCACAAUCAGCACAAACAAUUUUUUGCAGCUUGGUGUGCGCGUGAGCUGUUGAGAGGAGCAGAUAUAAUUGUGAAUAUCCUUAGGUUUUUAACAAUCUUCAUGAGACGUAUUCACAUUGUACCUUCUGUAUGAAACACUUAACCCUUCUCAACCACCAUUUUCAUGAAGUUAGUUUUCCCAAACCUUCGCUUGAUGUCCUACUAAUGUUAAGAAACUAAUUUAACAGGUAUAAUCUUGUCUGAAAAUUAAUUUACGGCAUGACACUGGUGAGGUAUCUUGCGGGGUAAGAAAUUGUGAGGAAAAAAGGUUAAACAUUCAUACCGUAAGCCACAAGUUUCUCGGUGCUUUAUCAGUAGUAAAUUUCAAGUGAAAGUUAGCUUUGCUAAUUACUAAAUUGACCCUAGCAUAACCGUUUUGUUUUGUUUUGUUUUGUUUUUUCUUUCUUUUUUAGGGAAAAUUGCAGAUUUUAAAGACAGGCAAGAAUACAAGUGUCCAGUGUAUAAGACAAGUGAAAGACGAGGAACUCUAUCAACGACGGGCCACUCAACCAAUUAUGUGAUGCCAGUGAUGUUACCUACUGACAAACCUCAGAAUCACUGGAUCAAGAGAGGUGUUGCACUGCUUUGCCAACUCGAUGAUUAA